AUGGAUUGGGAAGAAGAUGACAGAAUUGUAGACUUGGAAUUUUUCUAUGCAGAGGUGCAGCAAAAAGAUGUUUCACGUAGGCUACAGGUUGGGCAUCAGUUCUUAGAGUACCUGACAGACCACAGACACUCUGCUGAUCUGGAGCAGGAUUCUAAAAGGCUGGACAAAAUUAUUGAUGAGAUGGCCUCCUGGGUGAAUAGCAGCAAUUACAAGGUGAGCAAGGCACACUUCUUUUUUUUUUUUUCAGGAGGAUGUGAAACACUAUUGAAUAAAAACAUUUAAAGCCACCUGCAACUUUUAACCUUUUUUCACUGUAGUUGUUUUGGUGCCUGGUUCUCCCCUUUGCCCUUUGUACGUAAUCGAACCGUUUUAGAUGGUUAGACUGGUUUCUUUAUCCACAGGGAAUGCCCCACACCUCCCUGCAGGGGAUUUGCCUCUGGCAGACCCUAUAUAAGAAGUCAAACCAUUCUAAAACUAUUUUACUAUACAAUUAAGGGAAGUGCCAGGGUUCUCCAGGCGCCACAACAAUGCUUUGUAUUGUGUUUUUGUUUUUAAAUUCUUUCUUUUUCAUAGAAAAAAGAAGUGCAUAUUUGUGCCAAUGUAUAGGCUUACGCAGAAGCCGCGAAAGAAGUGCAUAUACGUAUGACAAUGUAUAGGCUUACGCAGAAGCCGCAAAAGAGGUGCAUAUAUGUAUGACAAUAUAUAGGCUUACGCAGAAGCUGCGAAAGAGGUGCAUACUUAUGACAGUGUAUAGGCUUGCGCAGAAGCCGCAGUGCGUUUUCAGAUGGUCUAAUUAUACAACAGGGAGGAGUGUUAUCUUAAGACAAGAUAUAUGCUUACUAUCGCUGCUAGUCUCGUCGGCGGUUAAUUUGUCAUCUUGUGUUUUGCUGAGACAACUCUACAUGGUUUGUCAGUGAGGUCUUGCUUUGAGUACAUAUGCCACUUCAAUUAGCGUGGUUUUAUACAGUUGUUAACUAAAAAUGUCAUAAUGUUUAUUCUAAAAUCCUACAUUAACCAAAAACAUUGUAGUUAGUGAUACGGUGAAUUGGUGCGUCUGUUUCCACAGCCCGGACGAGGGCUGUCGUGUGCCCUUUUGUCGUUAGCCCUAAGUGUGUGUUUGGUUCCCUUGUCCGCCCUCUGUGUUCUCCUGAUAUUGUUCCCAUAGAUCCCAUAUUCUGCUAAAUUUUUUGGUGGUGUGCCUGACCAGGGAAGUUAAUCUGUCCAUAAGGUAGUUAUCUUUUAUCUUCGCUACGACCAGUGCCACAGGGGGCAUUUCUGGACAUAGCCAUGUCUGUGCUAGUGCUCUACAGGCCGCUAAGUAAACCAUAUUUAACAAUUGUUGCUCCGGGUGUGGAAGGCCAUCUGUUGGUCUUGAGGAGGCGGGCUACUGUGGUAGGUCUAGUUUUAGUGGUCUCUGCAAUAUGUUAGUGCUUAGGUUGAUAAUUUGAACCCAAUAGGCCUAUAAUUUGAACCCAAUAGCCUAUAAGGCCUGUAAUAGGUGUGCACGUAGGUGCCUUGGUCCCCGCAGCCGUGCCGGCAAAGAUCUGUGGAGGUGAUCUGCAUGGAGAAUUGUUUUAAUGGUGUGGUGUACCACCUGAAAAGUGUUUUAAAUUAUUGUUCCUGGAGGGUGACACAUAUUGAUGAUCGGGCUGUGGCCUCCCAAAUGUCCUGCCAAUCGGAGCCCUCUAAUGUCUCUCCCAGGUCUGUCUCCCACUGGUUCGUGUAUCGUAGCUCCCCCCAUUCUUUGGCCUCUCCGCUGAGGUGACAGUAUAGUAACGAUAUGAGUCCACUGGGGUGUUUUUCCUGGUAGCAUAUAUUCUCGAACCAGGUGAGUGGGAGAGUGGCCGUCUCCUUGACUUCUUUUGAGCUAGCAAAGUCUCUUAAUUGGAGGUAGUGGAAGAAGUCCCUAGUUGUAAGGGGGGAUUGUUCCCUGAGCUGGUCGUAUGUGACUACUUGGCCUUUUUUAUAUAAAUGGCAAUAUCUCUGGAUACCUGCUCUCUCGAAGCCACUAAAGUCGCCUGCUGUCAUUCCUGGUGGGAAGGAUAGGUUCCUGAGUACAGGGGUUGGGGAGGGGAACCUGCUUAAAGCAUAUUUGGUUGCUGUUAGGUACCAGAUUCUUAGGGAGUUCGUUAUUGCUGGGCAGGUUACUCUAGUGAGUGCUCUGUGUGUCUUGUGUAACCAGGGAUAGAACUGUGGUAGGUCUUGCCCCAUUAGUGAGGUUUCAAGUUCUACCCAAUGACGGGUGUCUGGUGUGGAGUGCCAAUAUGCUAUUUGCGCCAUCUGCGCUGCUAGGUAGUAUAGGUACAUGUUCGGUAGUCCCAGUCCCCCUCUGUCCUUGGGUCGGUACAGGAGUUUCCUGGCUAUUUUGGGUCGUUUCUUUUGCCAAAUGAACAUGUCUAUUGCUUUUUGGAGUGUGGACAAGUCGCUCCUCUUAACCUGUGUGGGCAGGGCCUGGAACAUAAAUAGUAACCUGGGGAGAAUGUUCAUUUUAAUUGAGUGUAGUCUACCUAACCAUGAAAUGGGUUUGUCCAUUCACUGCUCUAGGUCUCUCAGGAGUGUACGAAUCAAUGGGGAGUAGUUAGUGUCGUGUAGGUGUUCGUACUGUGCUGUAAGUUUGACCCCUAGAUAGGGUAUGUUGUCAGCUGUGGUGGGUAGACGGUGUCUGUCAUGUAUUAUAGCUCUGUCUUGGGUCGGAAGGUGGAAUGGUAGUGCCAUGGAUUUGACGAGGUUCACUCUAUAGCCCGCAAGGGUUCCGUACUUGUCCGGGAGGUCAGUCAAAUGUUCCCUGAAGGUUAAGCGGUCUGUGAGAGUCAGCAGCACGUCGUCUGAAUACGCGGAGACUUUGAAGGUUUUCCGUGCUACCCUUAUUCCUUGUAUGUGUGGGUGUUGGUGUAUGGCUUGUAGUAACGGUUCUAGGGAGAUGGCGAAUAGCAGUGGGGAUAGAGGGCAUCCCUGGUGUGUACUGCUAUGAAGGUGGAAGGGGGUCUUAGUUACUCCUGCUAUUAGGGUUUGGGCUCUCAGGUUAGCAUAUAAGGCGCGCGUGGCCUCGAUGUAGGCUUCCCAGAAGCCUACAUUCUUCCAGCAGGCCAAAGAGGUAUGGCCAUUGCACCCUGUCAAAGGCCUUCUCCGCGUCCAGGGAGAUGGCCAGCGAUGGCUGUUCGGAUUUUUGCCCUUACCACGUGAGCACCGCCCCCCUAUGUGUGUUUUCAUAAAGUUGCCUACCGGGGAUGAACCCCACCUGGUCUGGGUGGAUUAGGCGUGUGAGCAUCGGCGCCAGCCUGGCUGCCAGUAUUUUUGCAUAUAUUUUAAGGUCCGAAUUAAUCAGAGAGAUGGGCCUGUAAUUCGAUGCGAGUUCAGCUUCUUUCCCGGGUUUCGGGAUUAGCGUGAUGUUGGCCAAUGCCAUGUCGGCAUUGGGUGCACCCCCUGUCAUAAAGUGGUUAUAUAAGGAGGUGAGGUGGGGGGCCAGUUCUUCUUUGAAUUUCUUGUAGUACCCUAUUUCGUAGCCAUCGGGGCCUGGGGCUUUGUUGCCUUUUAAGAUCGCUAUAGCAGUUUCUACUUCUAAUUGGGAGAUUGGUUCUUGUAAGUUUGUGGUGUCUAUAUCUGUUAUCUGAGGUAGCUUUAUACUGGCAAGGAAUGUACGUAGUGAGGAACGUAUUUGUUCCGGCGUGUUUUGUGAGUGGCUGGCCUGCCCAUAGAGGUUUGAGUAGAACUCCGUGAAUACCCUGUUUAUAUCUUGGGGAGUCGUCGCCAGUUCCUGUGUGAGAGUGCGUAUUUUUGUGAUGGGUUUGUGGUCACCGCGGGGACGUAAUGCUCUGGCUAGUAGGGAGUCCAUUUUGUUGGACUUUUUGUAGAACAAUCGCCUAGAUCUCUGGAUGGAGUGUGCGACCCCCUCAAGCAGGAUCCCCCUGAUUGAGUGUCUUAGUGCGGUGAGUUCCGCUAAUUUUUCGGCUGUGGGAUUUUGUUUGUGCUGUUGUUCCGCUUUUCUCAAGGCAUUCUGAAAUUCUAUUAGUGCUCGGGUAUUGCAUUUCUUUUUAUGUGUUGCUGCUCUAAUGAAGUGUCCUCUCAUGACCGCUUUGUGGGCCACCCAUAGCGCUACUGGAUCUACCUCGGGCGUGGUGUUUUGUGUGAAGUAUUCUGUGAUUAGAGUACGCGUAUCCUCGCAUAUAGUGUCACUGUUUAAUAGGCUUGUGUUGAGGCGCCAUGUCCAUGUGGCGGAGUAUUUGAGUUUGUCUAACGUAAUUGAUAUGUCCGCAUGGUCCGACCAGGUGAUACUGCCUAUGUCAGUAUGCACGAGUUUGGACAUCCCUACUCCGUUGAGGAAAAUGUGGUAAAUUCUUGAGUAUGUGCCGUGGGGCGCCGAAUAGAACGUGUAGUCACGUGUGUUGGUGAGGAAUGUAUGCAGUAGUUUAUCCUGUGCUCCUCUCCCAUGGGACCUGGGUGAGCCUGUUUUCGUGCUCCUGUCGAAAGCCGGACUUGGUACGGCGUUAAAGUCACCUCCCACCAGUGUUAUCCCUCCCCCUUCAGCGUUAAUUAUUGUUGUGAGUGUGUCCCAGUAUGUAGGGUCUGGUAUGUUAGGAGCGUACACAUUCAUGAUUCUUAUUUUUGUGCUGUGUAUCGUGCCUAUUAUUACGAUGUAGCGGCCCUCUGGGUCAGCUAGUGUCCCUGUCACAUGGAGUGGGCAAUUUUUGUGUACUAAUAUUGCCACUCCGGCGCGUUUGUGUAGCUCUCUCGCUUCGUGGGUCUGUGGGAAAUAUCUGUCUUUCAGGGUUAUUGACGCUGUCCUAGGUAUGUGGGUUUCUUGUAUAAGGGCAAUGUCUGUUUUGCGUGAUUUCAGGUCUUUUAGCAGUAACCUGUGUUUGUUCGGGGUGUUUAGUCCCUUAACGUUGAGAGAGGCAAUUUUUAGAGCCAUGUGUAGUGCAUGACAAUAGGGGUGUAGUGGUGUGUUUGUUUGAGCACCUACUUUGUUGUGUGAUCUGUUUCCCACUCUUCGUGGGUGGAUCCCCCUCGUCCGAGCCGUGGGCAGCAGCAGUAUCGGUUUGUGGUGUGACCUUGUCUGUGGAGGCGUUUUGUAGAAAACCUUUACUGCAAAAGGAAUUUACACUGGUAGCAAUCAAAAGAUAAACAUAAACAAACAUAAAUUAAGACUCUGGUCUUACACCCUGCCAGAGGUGGCUGGGGGCGUGGGUUUUCCCUGUCCGGGUAGUGUAGAAGUCCGGAUGUAACUAUGUACAGUAAUUCUGAGUUAUGUGUAUGUAUUGGUAUUGCUGGGAUGUUGGAGCCUCAGUGAGGUUGCCGGUCGAAAUCCACCUGUACUGGUUCAGGUGUCGCUGCGGAUGGGUCAGCAGGUGUCGCCGGCUCUGAGGCAAUGUGAGGUGUGGCGGUGAUGAUACAGCUGGUUUGGCUACUAGGGCGUUUGUGCUGUAUCGUUGGUGUGUGGCAUGCAUGUGUCGGUGGGCAAGCAGGCACUUGCAGUUGUCGUGAUUGUUUGGAGCUGGGGUUGAACCUAAGUUCAAUUGUUGCAUUAUGGGGUGUGGUGUAGUGGGAGGAUGGGGGCUAGGUUCCAGGGUGGAUAUGUCGUUAAGACCCCAAGUUAGAGCAGGAAGAUUUUUUUUUGAUUUUUUUUUUAUAGAUGUGUUGUUUGUUUUACCCCCCUCUCUGGUGUAUCUUUGCAUGUGUGUGGGGGUGUGAUGGUUGGCUAUCGAAUAUACCUCUCCCUUGCAUAUUCGUGGAGCGUUAUUUAGCCUGUGUCUCUAAGUGCUACAAUACCUCAAAACAUAACCAGUGGCAUACGACCUGGUAUACGAAUGCCUUUCUUACGCCUCGUUGUGGUUUUGAGGGGCGGCAGGUAAGUAAAGUCUCAAUGUCAGGCCCCGUUCGAUUUUCUGCAUGUCCACGGUGGCAUUGUCUGAGAGUUACCCCUCGUUGUCGUGUCUCUCUGAUUUGCGGUUGUGAGGUGAUGGAGCAAGUCAGCUGGGGUCUGGUGUGGUGUAUCUGGAGCCUGCUGUAGUUCGCUGUUUGGGUAAAUCUUUUUCGUGAUGGGUUCAAUGUUAGUCACAUAACCUCCCUGGAAGGACCUAGCAUUCGGUGUGGUUCCUUCAUGUCUUCUGGACUGGCGGAAGGUCUCCUCUUCUAUGUUCGUCCGAGGAUCCCCUCCUCUGCCGCUUUGGGGGUUAGCGUCUUCUUUGUUCCCUCGGGAGUCGAGCAAAGGUCUGCGCUGGGUCCAUGGCUUACCAGUCCAUAAUGCGUACCUCUGUAAGUUUCAGUGUUCUUAUGAAUGGCAUCACAUCCCUAUGUUCUGCUAUGAUGUAGUUGGUCCCUUUAAGCGUGACAAUAAGGGCUAGGGGGAAGCCCCAUCGAUACUUGAUGUUUCUAGCACGCAGUUGGUCUGUGAUCGGUUUUAGGUGUCACCUUGCCUGGAGAGUGAGCCAUGAGAGGUCUUGAUAAAUAUGGAUCUCGUGCCCAUGGAACAGCAGUGGCGGACUAGUGUCUCUUAGCUUCUUUAGUAUACGGUCCUUGUCUGUGAAGUAGUGUAGGCGACAUUUGAUAUCUCUCGGGGCGUCCCUGUUGUUGCUUUUAGGUCUGUGAUCUGUCAAAGUGGAUCGAUGUUGAUAGUGGUUUCUCUAAUAGUAAAUUUAAAUAACUCUUGCAGUGAUGCUUGUAUGUUUUCUGCCUCAGUUUCGGGUAUGCCCUUUAUUCUGAGGUUGUUUCUGCGCCCCCUGUUGUCUAUAUCAUCUAGUGACCUUUGAAGCUGAGACAUGUGGGUUUCAUGGGCUUCUAAACGGUCUGACAGGGUGGUAAGUUGGGUCUGUAUCUGUCCCCUAUCUCCCUCCAAGUCUUGGACACGGAGGCCUACCUGCCGGAUUUCAGCUCCCAGUCCCUUCAUCUUGUGCUGAAAUGAAGUUUCCAGUUUCUCCAGCAUAGUGGCGAUGUCUGCCUUGGAGGGUACGUUUUUAAGCAGGUCCUUUAUGUCUUGGUCCGCUGGGGCUGCUGAGGCCUCAGAAGCAGCAGGGCUAGGCGGAUUGGAGAGGUGUUCUCCCGCCAUCGGCGCCAUGUUUCUCUCUCCAUGUUCCGGAAUGCGGCAGGUAUAAUCUUUAAAAAAAAUGGUGAAACCGGGCGCCGUUUCUCAGCAGGUACCUUCCCGGUGCUUGUGUGGGCGCUCUGCGUCCGUUUGGGGUUCCCCAUGUUUGGUUGGCGCUCGUGUCCCAGCUGUUUUUAGUGCCUGCGGUGCCGGAGCCGAGCUAACAUGCGGCCAUCUCUGCUAACGGUCGGCCACGCCCCGCUCUGUAUUGGUUAUGUUGCUUGGAGUGUUCCUUUAAAGCAGACCUGCACCACUAGGCAAUAGGUAGGGGGCAAAAUUAAAUAGACAAAGCUUCUUCGGGCAACAGGUUUUGUUAGUGCCUAUCACACGCACACUAACAGACAUACAGCUUCACACACAGACAUGCAGACAGACAUACAGAUACACAACACAUGCACAGACAAACACACUUACAUACCGAUAUACGGCACCUCAGUGUAAUCGCACCCGAGCGGUGUGGUCACGCCGUCAUGGUGCGUGAUCGGCAUAGUUAUGUGACCGCAUCUGAUCGGUGCGGUCACACUAAAGGAGGGAGAGGUUACUCACCUUGCCUCCAGCACCUCUCAUUCCUCACUGCUGGAUCCUCACAGCGUCCGGAUCCAGCAUUAGGAAGGACGCCGGCUGCUGCGUUACUAGUGACGUAAACGUGCGUGCGGCGUCAUGUUUUCGCAGUUCACGCACCUUCUGGGGUCAUGUGACCAAAAUUGAAAAAUAGUAGGGCUUACUUGGUUAUUUAAACCCAAACGUGCAGCUGUUCAGUGCCCUGUCGUGGUUUCCAUCCUGUUGGUUAGCUGAGAGCGCGCUCCACAUGGAUCGACCGAUUAUCGGUGUUACCGAUGUUAUCGGCCUAUAUUCGGUAUUUCCGGCAAUAUCGGUAUCGGCCAAUUCAGAUAUCGAUAUUGCCGAUAAUAUAUAACAGGACCGCCAGGCUCAUUACAAGCCCGGCGGUUCUGGGGGGGAGGGGGGUGGGGGUGCGGCAGCAAGCGAGCCCCGCGGCCAUCAGAGCAUUGCCACGGGUUACCAGGGCAACGCUCUGCGUUGCACGCUGGCCGCGAGACUAACACUGGGGAGCUGGAGGAGCUGCUGGGAGGUAAGUAAACACUUGCUUCUGGCCCCCCCACAGCUCAGCCAAUGCCACUGGACCACCAGGGACUGCUAUAUCCCCCCUCCCUGGCCAGGUAACAAGCAGGGAGGGGGGACAACAAAAAUAAAUAAAUAAUAAUUAAAUAUAAAAAAAUAAAGUGUCCCUUCACACACACACUCCAUUAUAUACACAUACACUACACAAACACACUGUGUAUAUAAUGCAGUGUGUUUGUAUAGUGUGUGUAUAUAAUGCACACUACACAAACACACUGCAUUAUAUACACACACUAUACAAACACACUGCAUUAUAUACACACACUAUACAAACACACUGCAUUAUAUACACACACUACACAAACACACUGCAUUAUAUACACAGUGUGUUUGUGUAGUGUUUAUAUAAUGCAGUGUGUGUGUUAGUAUAGUGUGUGUAUAUAAUGCAGUGUUUAUAUAAUGCACACUACACAAACACACUGCAUUAUAUACACACACUAUACAAACACACACACUGCAUUAUAUAAACACACUACAUUCACUAUACGCACUACAUAAAUACACACACACUGCAUUCAUUAUAUACACACACUACACAAACACAUACACUUUGCAUUUAGUAUAUGCAGCAUUCACUUUACACACACACUGCAUUCACUUUACGCACACUACCCACACACUACACAAACACUCUGCUUUCAUUAUAUACACACUACACUAAUACACACUGCAUCCACUACACACACUAGACAAAUACACACUGCAUCCACUACACAAGCACACACACUACACAAACACACACUGCAUCCACGACACACACACUACACAAACACACACAGCUCCCCUGUCUAAACACACUGGAUCAACUACACGUGGCAUGUAUAGUUUGUGCAUUUACCUUUAGAAAUAGUUUUUAUUUUCCAAAAUGGUAAAUGUACAGAAUAUCUGCAAAUUAUAUUGGCUAUCGGCCUGAAAGUUCACAGAAUAUCGGUAUCUGCUCUAAAAAAAUCAAUAUUGGUCGAUCCCUAGCGUUCCAGUUUAUUUUGUCCGUAUUUGACUUAGUUCUGUGUGUUGGGCCACUGGAUCGUACUGACAGACAUACAGAUACAUACACACACGGACAUACAAAUACACACACACACACACACACACACAAACUCUGACAGACCCACAGGUCAAAAUAUACACUUUUAUAGCCACCCUCCAGUUUCUUACCUUUUAGGUGCUGAAGGGGGGCUUCCCUUGUAUCUAAUCUGCAAACUAAGGAUGUUGGGAGUUAGGGGCUGGCUCUUGCAGCCUGUAAUCCCCUCCUCUUUGCUCACUCUGUGCGACUCCAGUCUCUCCUGGCCUGGCCUGGCCCCCUCCUCACAGCCUCCCACCUGGCUUUGGUCUCCGCCUCACUCCCUCCCAGGCUGCUGAUAAGCAAGGGCCCAGUCGCGCUAUUAAAGCGCAACAGCGCCCGACCGUGCCUGUUGGGUGGCCCUAAGUGCAUGGGCCACCUGAUGGAGCUGCUAAUUGAGCGGGCCCGGUGCAGCUUAGUGGCUGCACCAGCGGUGGUUCCUCGCAGGCCAUAUGUUGUUCAGGCCUGUUUUAAAGAUUUAACAAAUGGCAUUACAAUCCAGUUCAGUCCAGGCAAACAUUGCAAAAGAAGAAGGGAAAUAUAAACGCUGUUUUAUUUCUCCUCGUGUCUAUCUGGUCUCUCCAUGUUGGCUGCCAGGUGCAAAAAACAGAGCUUAAAACAUUAAUUGUGAGGUAGCCAAGGUGCAGUUACUCAGUUUGUGGAUUUUAUUUUCCCUUUUUUGUGGCACAAUUGGCCAUAAUGUAAAUUUUAUUUAUUUUUUGCAAUCUUUUGGGUCAGCAGAAUAAAAAGAUGUGUUUAAAGUUUGAUUUCAAUAGACUUAAGGCUUUUUUUGACUUAGAAUAGUAUGUUAUUAUGUAAUCGUUAAUUUCACACCCUUGUGUGUACUUGUUAUUCAUAUACUCAAGAUUUGUAUGCUGCUUUGUCUCCUGAGUUCUGUAAUACACCACAUGUAUACAUUUGCCAUUUUUUCAGGAAGCUUACAGCAUCAUAUUACAAUAAGCUAUAUGUAUGGCACUUUAUGGGAAUAAAAGUGAAAUCUAAUGCUUUUCCUAGUACACUGUUGUGAAGGAAAGCUAAACUGUAGCAAUAGUAAAAAAUUUAACAGGGUAGUGCGGCACGUCAGUGUAGGUUUACUGGAAACAGGAGCAAAAAAUAAAUAAAUAAUUUUUAAAAAAUUUUUUGCCCAUAGGCCUUACUCAUGCGUGAAUGACUAAUGCCUAUGGACCUGAAACCUAUUUUUUUUACUUUUAGCAUCAUAUUGCAGACAUUUCCUAUUUUUUUACUUCUAUACUUGCUUCCAAGAGACACUUUGGUAAAGUGACGUCAUAUGUGUGACCUUACUUAGCAGCAUCGAUAUUUCACAUAAUUUCUUUUUAACCCAAACCAAAGAACUGUUUGGGAGAUUGACCCAUCACUAUAUAAUCACACAGGCCUUGUGUGUACUUUUUCUUUGAAGACCCAAGAUUUGUAUGCUGCUGUGUCUCAAAUCAAAGAACUGUUUAGGAGAUUGGUCCCCAGACCAGGUGAUCACUGUGAUAACAAGCCACAAUGAUCACAUUCAUUUAACUAACAGCCAAGGAAUUUCAUCACUAUGAAUUGUUCCCUGGCAAUCAGACAGUCUUUGAGCCAAUCUGUGAAUCCUAUUGCUGGCUGACUCACUUGUGGCCCUUUGACAACUGAUUGUGGCUAGCUAUAUAGCAGCAUUUGAUUGAGAACAGAGUUUGACAUGGUUCUCAAAGGGACGCAUUUUUUUAGUGGCUGUCAGGAAAACAGCCACCACUGUUACAUUGCAAGGCCAAAGCUAAAUGUCCCAUUGCCCCCAGACAACUUUAUUGAGAUGAAGUGGUCUAGGUGCCUUUAGUUGUCCUUUAACCCCUUAAGGACACAUGACAUGUGUGACAUGUCAUGAUUCCCUUUUAUUCCAGAAGUUUGGCCCUUAAGGGGUUAAGGGUGACUGCAGAAAUUCAAGAUGAAGUCUGGAACAUAACACCUGUCUGUAUUCAUUUGCAUGUGGAGCUGGGGAUACUUGAAAAUACUUGUGAAAAUUGUAGAAAUAUUAUUUCUCCAAAAUACAAUGUCUAAAGCAGACGUUUCCCAUGAGAUAUGUAGCUAAAACAUGACCUCAAACCGUGUAUUUAUCAGGGCUUGACAAAUUUUCUUUGAAUCUAGAAGCCAGCUUAAAAAAGUUAGGAAUCAGUUUUUUUUUUUUUCUUUUUAAACUAAGAAAGCUUUAUUUUUAAAUGACAAAAAUAUAAUUCUUAAAGUGACACUAUAGUCACCAGAACCACUACAGCUUCAUGUAAUUGUUCUGGUGUCUAUAGCCUGUCCCUGCAGGUUUCAAUGUUAAAACUCCCUUUUCAGAGUAAAGGCAGUGUUUACCUUGCUGCCUAGUAACACCUUUAGUGGCACUUACUCAGACAGCUACUAAAGGUGUUUCAAUGCAACUCUAUAAGGAGAUCCUGAUUGGUGCAACAUUCUGAGCAUGUGCAAUAGCCUCACAAUGCUUUCCUUUGAGAAAGCACUGGGUUGGCUGAGAUCCUCAAGCUUGAUUUUCAGGCAUGGAGGCAUUGCUUCAAAUUCUCUGAAACUGCUAUGUUUGCAUCUGCAGGGUUAAAACCUGAGGGACCUGGCACCCAGACCACUUCAUUGAGUUGAAGUGGUCUGGGUGACUAUAGUGUCCCUUUAACUUGUCACCAUUUUUUCACCAAUUUAUGUUGAGGGGGAAAAAAUUGAAUUUUUACAUACAUGUUGCAUUUUUGCUGAGAGUUUCUUACACUUGAUAUGUGCCAAUGUCAAAAAAAUCCCCCAAAUUAGGCUGUUACAUCUUCUGAGUAAAACAAAAUACCCAAUUUUUGACCUACACGCUAUUUUGUUAAAUUACAGUGCUGUAAAAGAGACGUGACAAGUUCAGGUUUUUAAGUGUGAAUUUUCAUGGAGGGUUUUGAUGUGUCCGUGUCCCACUUUGGAGCACUUUAGCAGGCUACAUAUUCCAACUACACCAUAAAGGCAUUUCUUAAAGAAGACAUCCCAGGGUAUUUCAAAAGGCAUAUUUUGAACCUUCGCGUGGGAUAAUUUUUCUGUUAGCUUGUACCAAGUGUAGUGGUAAUAAGCAUUUUUUUCUGCCUUUUUGACACACCGUGAGUUUGUACUGUAUAUUUUGCAAACCUUAUGUGUGCUACGGCUGUAUAAUACUUCAUAUUUUGCUCAGCAAUACCCCUGUAUGUACCUUUGCCAUGUAUAUGUGGAUGUUGAAGGGGCACAUUUGAGAUAAAUCCAAUUUAGUUUUUUUUGUUUUUUUUUCCAAUAUUCCAACUACCCCAUAAAGGCAUACCAUUUCAUAAAGAAGACAUCCCAGGGUAUUUCAAAAGGCAUAUUUUGAAUCUUGGCAUGGGAUAAUUUUUUCGCUAGCUUGUACCAUGUGUAGUGGUAAUAAGCAUUUUUUUCUGCCUUUUUGACACAAAGUGAGUUUGCGGGGGGCAUGGCCAACAGCGUGCAGCACCAGACGAGUUAAUGUGGAGCUCCGAAACAGCCCCGCGAACAAGCUGAAAUAGCAACCGUUAUCAUUUACAAACUGAGAAUAUUUUAUACUACCCCUCCCUCCCCCCAGACGACAGUAUGGGGUGAAAACACAAAAUGUCCUGCUGCCCGGAGGACUCUGGUUUGCCCGACAUCAGGCUCUCUUUUGAGAGGCCUGCGGACCGAAUACCACCCAAGAUGGCACCCAAGGCACAAAGCGAGGCAGAGAUCUCUGAAGACUCCCACGUGGAGGAAGGAUCAAAUGCCUCAAACAGAUCUAGUGGCGUAUACAAAGAGUCAGUCGGAUGAGGACUUGCCCCCAUCCAAUUAAAGGGGAUAUAAGACAGGCUAGAUGCAGCUAAAGUGAGUGACAAGGCAUGAGAUGGCCAGAUGCAAGCAACACACAGCAGUGUGGGAAAGCCUUACACACCAAAUACAAAAGCUGAACAGAACAGUAGCUGUACUAGAAUCCAGGCAUAGAAGACAAAAUAUCCGCCUGGAAGAGUUGGUGGAGAGGAUUUAUUCUCUUUUUCAUACAGAGGAUGAUAGCCUCUAUGGGCUUCAAAGGUAGCACUGAUCCUUCACUGGUGAUGUCAGCGUUCAGAGUCCACAAGUGGCUGUAGCCCCGGAGGGAGCACCCAGAGACACUAUCAUAGUCACUAGAUAUGUCACAGCAUGGUCUACUUUUUUGGACAGAUCCAGAGCCCUGGGGUUGGUGCACUUCGAAUACUUCUCAGUGGCCCUGUACACAGACCUCCCGUUCCAGUCUUAGCAGAGAGAAGACAGUUGGCCCCAAUUGCCAAGCGGCUGAGAGACCACUCAGUCAGGUAUCGCUGGGGGAUGGAAGGUUUUCUCAUAGUCUCCAAAAGGGAUAUAUCACUCACCUUAGCAUCAGCCGACAACUCAACAAGUUUCCUCCAGAGGCUGGACCUUCAACAACCACGACCCGGCCAGCAGUGACAGUCGCAGAAUGACUCUAUGGAGGGAGCUUUACGGUCUCAAGCCACACAAUCUGGGGUGGCCAUCUGCCGGCUGCAGUUUAAGCCGUGAAGUCCAAGAUAUAAUUUGCAGGCAUAACACAACCUCAGAGUUGAAGCGCUACAGCAGUGGCCUUAUAACCCCCAUUAAGGCCUAUGUCUUCCUGUGUGCUCAGCACAACUCAGAGUCUUGUUACCAUACAUUACCUUAUUCUAUUAAGAUUUUUAUUUUAUUUCACCGUUAACAGGUUUGGUCCGAACAGACUAUUAUGUGUUCGCCCUUAUAGAGACGAGCGCUCAAUAGCACAAGUAGCCCUGGACGCACAACAGAUCAAUAUGAUCUCAUCCCACUUGUACCUUUUCUCAUAUAUUGUUAUGAUUGUAUACCUUGUGUACUAAAAUCCAAUAAAAUACAAAUUGGAGUUUGCACGGUAUAUUUUGCGACUAUUAUGUGUGCUACAGCUUUGCAAUACUUAAUAUGUGCUCAGCUAUGUUGUCUGAGUACAACCAGACCCUUGUAUAUACCUCUGCCAGGUAAAUGUGGAUGUUGAAGGGGCACAUUUGUGAUGCAGCCAUUCAGUUUUUUUUUUUCUAACUUUGAAGUUUUAUGCUAUGUCCAUGUUCCAUUUUGGAGUAGUUUUAGAUGGUUUGUUAUUCAAACUACCCCACCAAUGCAUGCCAUUUUUAAAAGAAUACACCUUGGGGUAUUUUAAAAGGCAUAUUGUGAACCUUAGCAUUUUUUCGCUAGUUUGUUCCAGGUGUAGUGGUAGUGAGCAUUUUUAAAUGUAUUUUGUACUUCUUAAAACUUUUUUUUUAUUAUUUCUUAUUAAAUUUUUUAACUUUUUAAAACUUUCUUAAAACUUUUUAUACACUUUGAAAAAAUGUUUAACCCCUUAACGACCGAGGACGGUUCAGGACCGUCCUUGGCGUUUUUGCGUUGCCGACCGAGGACGUUCCUGAACCGUCCUAACGGUGUAGUGCUCCCGGUGUGGGGAGACCGCCUGCAGCCCAGACAGUCCCCCCAUGGUGGAUUAGGACCCCUGGGGCCAUGUGAUCACUUAACAGAGCAAUCACAUGGUCACAAUAGGUGUGACAGUAUGCAAUACCUACAUUCUGCUCCUCCACAUUCUGCAUGGAGGAGCUGGACGUUUCCAUUGAUAUGCAUUGAUUUAAUCCAUUUCUAUGAGUAGAUGUUGAUUGGCGCAAUGUUUUACAGCGCAUGAGCAAUAGCUUCUCAGUGCUUUCCUAUGGGAAAGCAUUGGUUUGGCAGAGAUCAUCAAUUGUGGUAAUCUCAACCAUAGAGACGGGGCCAUAUACGGGAAAAAAAGGAGAGUUGGGAACCUAAACACAGACAGACACAGAUACAUACACACAUACACACACGCAUACCAAGACAGACACACACACACACACACACUCACAAACACAUUAUUAUUUAUUUUAUUCCAAUUCGAUUCCACCUAGCCUCCCGCCCCAUGGGUGAGCUGGAGUGGAUCAGUUUUCCCUGUGGUUUAGUGGGUGUUCUGGGGAGAAGACGGCCGGCUGGUUGCAUGUAUUGUUGGCGGUAAGGGACCUGUGAUCUCCAUGCUCUGCUUACUUGCCCGCUGCUUAGUGAUGUUGGGGCUGAAGUGACGUCAUAUUCUGGCCCAGGCAUCACUAAGCGGUGCACGAGGGAGCAGAGCAGGGAGAUCACAGCUCCUUCGCAGUCAGCCGCCAGAAGACACAGGCUCCUAAAUCCCAGGCGCCAGGAAUGAAUUCCAGGUCGCCACGGAGAUCUUGCGCUUGGAAUUUGUCAAGCUCUGAUUUACAUUGCAGGACUAAAGGGACACUGCACCCAGACCACGUCAAUGAGGUGAAGUGGUUAGAGUGCCUAUAGAGUCCCUUUAAUUUCCAAGAUGUAAGACAAAGACUAGACAAUUUGUCUAGUGGGCCAAGUUGAGGUUGAUACAACUUGGCAAGGACCAGAGCUUCAACAUUCAGUUUUUGUCAAUUUCCCGCAGUUCAUAUUGAUGGGUGAGGGAAAAGCACCAAAGCAUCUUACACAUAGAGCAAGUAAUUCUAUGGGGGAACACAGUGUCUCUGGAUCACACAUAGAUCUAAGCUGAGAGCAAUAUGUAAAGCUCUGUGUAUGUGUGGCACAAAUCCCAGGCGCCUGGGAUAUAGGAGCCUGGCGGUCGGGAGGCUGGCUGGGGAAUUAUGGUGGUGGACAGCAAGUUGGGGGAUUAUGCAGGCGAGCAGUAUGCUGGGGGGUCAUGGAGGCGGGCAGCUAGCUGUGCGACUAUUAGGCGGAUGGUGAGGGAACUGUGAUGUCCCUGCUCUACUUCACUCACAUUGCGUGCCAUUUAGUGAAACCUGGGCUGGAAUAUGAUGUCAUAUUUCUUCCCUGGUCUCAUUAAGCGGCACCCGGGGUAGCAGAGCAGGGACAUGGAUCACACCUCCCUCGCCUCCCAGGAGCAAUAUGCACAGCUAGCCACCAGCCUCCACGAUCCCCCAGCAUGUCGCCCGCCUGCACAAUCCCCCAGCCUUUCGUCCACUGGACCUCACAGGUAUUGUCUCUGUCAUAGUGUGAGUGUAUGGUCUCUCUGUCAUAGUGUGUGUAUCUGUCUGCCAUGGUGUGUGUGAGUGUAUGGGUCUGUAUGUCGUGUAUGUCUGUCUGUCAUGGUAUACGUGUGUGUGUCUUUCUGUCAUGAUGUGGGUGCUUAGGUUACCAGACCCCUUCCGUUCGCGAGGGAAUAGUGUUUUUACUCAAUGCUGGUUUUACUCGACUGGCCCUGCCUUCAUUACUGAGAUCAUUAAGUUUUACUGAUCUCAGCCAAUUCAAUGUUUUCCCAUAGAAUUUGCUGCAAAACCCUGCACCAAUCAGCAUCUCCUCAUAGAGAUGCAUUGAAUUAAUGCUUCUCUAUGGGGAACAUUCAGCGCCUCCAUGCAGAGUGUGGAGACGUUGAAUAUAGGUGCUGCACACUGUGUGGCACUGACUCAGGAAGCACCUCUAGUGACCAUCUGAGUGACUGUCACUAGAGGUGUCACUAGGAAGCAAUGUAAACACUGUCUUUUCUCUGACAAGUCGAUGUUUACAUUGAAAAGCCUUCAGGGACAGGCUAUAGACACCAGAACAACUACAUUAAGCUGUAGUGGUCCUGGUGAUUAUCGUGUCCCUUUAAGAUUUGUAUUUUUGCCAUUUAAUAUAAAGCCAAGUAAGUUUAAAAAAAAUGGCUCUUAACUUUUUUUGCUGGCUCCUAGAAUCAAAGCAAAUUUGUCAAGCCCUGUGCUACACUGUAAGCUUUUUUUUUAUUGUUUGCUUUAUUGUAGGAUUCAGAUCCUGAGUGGAUAUUAUUAUUGUUUCACUUGUGGUAUAUUGAAAGACAUAUUAUAUCGUGCAUAUACACCUACACUGAUUAUUUUUAUAUUAUUGUUUUGUUUGUUGUCUGGAAAGACACAACUGUAAGUGUGGAGCUUUUGCUCUAUUAUUCAGCACUUGAUUCACCUUCACACAUUUGUUUUAUUUAUCGUUUUUUUUGUUUUGCAUUUUUUAAUAGAAUGCAUUAAUACAUUUCUGUGAGUGAUUUGAUGCUUGCUCUUGGUAAGGAAAUUCUCCAAGCACCAAAGCCACUACAACAUGUAGUGGUUACCCUACAUCGAUUGCUGUGGUUACCACCCAUUGUUAGUAGUCAAGCUGUUUGGCUUAUCAACUGGGGUCUGCCGUAUGCCAUUCCCUUCCUCCUCGAGAGCCAGGAGCUUAAGCUUAAAGGACCACUAUAGGCACCCAGACCACUUCAGCUCAAUGAAGUGGUCUGGGUGCUAGGUCCAUGUAGGGUUAACCCUGCAGCUGUAAACAUAGCAGUUUCAGAGAAACUGCUAUUUUUACGUUAGGGUUAAUCCAGCCUCUAGUGCCUGUCCCAUUGACAGCCGCUAGAGGCGCUUCUCACUGUGAUUUUCACAGUGAGAAGACGCUGCCAUCCAUAGAAAAAGCAUUGAGAAAUGCUUUCCUAUGGACUGAUUGAAUGUGCACGCCGCUCUUGCCGUGCAUGUGCAUUCGGCAUUUGCCGUCAGAAGAGGGAGGAGAGUCCCCAGCGCCGAGGGAGCCUGGCGCUGGAGAAAGAUAAGUGUUUAACUCCUUCAGCCCGGCGGGAGAGGGGCCAUGAGGGAGGGGGGGACCAAUUAACACUAUAGUGCCAGGAAAACAAGUUUGUUUUCUUGUCACUAUAGUGGUCCUUUAAGAGUUUCCGUUAGAUCACUUAGUUAAGUCCUGCAAUACUGGGCCAGCUCCUAGGCUACUAACGUCAGCUGAUCGUCAGUGACCAAAGCACUGCCUGACUUUGCUCUGAACUGAGAGCUUCCGUCUGAUGUGGAGGUUUAGAACAGCGCCCGUCAGACUCAAGGUAAGGCAGUUUAAAAUGGUCUAAACCAGUCUGACUACAUACAUUGGGGGGUGAGGGUUAUCAGGGCACUCCAUUAAACAUAAGCCCUACAGAGUGCUUGGAGUGUACAUUUAACAGCUUACUCAUGUAAAUUACUACAUUGGUCAAUAUUAUUUCAUUACAUUGAUACAAAUGUAGACUUGCCUAGGAAGCUACGCCCCAAGGGUGUCAAAUUUCUGCCUCCCACUAUUUUACUACAUUUUCUUCUUUAGCCUAGACUACCAUUGAAGCUGGCAGAUUUUUUUCUGAUGAACAGAUGGUUAUUGCAUAACAUUAGUAAAACCAGAGAAAUUAUAUCACACAAUGAAAAACAGUUUAGUAGCAAGCAACUAUGUUUAGCAAAAUCACCUUACAGAGUGUUAACUACAAUUAACACUGCAUUUCUCAAGAGUUUGCUCUUUGAAAUGUGUUGGCUAUCCAUAUUAAUAUGCUUCUUCCCUUAUCUGUUUUGUAGGUGACUUUGCUUGGAUUAGAUGUUCUUAGUGCCUUAACGGACAGGUUAAUAGAACGUUUCCGAACCUACUUGGUAACUGGUAAGUUGGCUAUAUUUAGCUUGUUGAUGUGCUUUAUGUGGCUGCAGUUUGUAAUUUUCUUUACAAUCAAUAAAAGUGCCAAUUUCAACAUAAAUCUUCACUUUUUUAACAAUACAUGCAAAAAGAUUAAGAAAAUUUACUUGAUUGUUGCUUGUUUCUUUUUGUAGACUUACCAGUAGACUAAGUAUGCCCAUUAAUAUUAUUCCCAGGGUGCUUAUUGUGAUAUUGUUGUAAUUUUUAUGCCUCUAAGCAGCUCAUGUCUUCAUUUAAUUAUUUUUAAUAAACUUUUCAAAUUAUCCUAGCAAAUUUUUUAAUUUUUUUUUAUAACAGAAUGCACCAUUAAAGUCCAAGGGAAUUAUGGCAGAUAAAACAUUUGAAUUUUAUUUCUAAUGGAUUGUGAUAAUCUGAAAAGUUUAUACAAAAGAUAAUGAUCGAGGCGUAAGUCUGCAUCUUUGUUUAAAAAUAAACAAAUAACAUAUGCUGUUACAUGCUUCUGGCAGCUGAAAGCUCUGAGUGGUGCAGGACUGAAGUCUUGGACUGAGAGUGACCCGCUGAUACUCUCAGCUAUUGAGCUAGCCCUGCAUUUCAGGGCUUAGCUCUCGAGAGCUAAUGGAAGUUCCUAGCAGUAGCCUCCUCUAUUCAGAAUUGAAAGAAAAAAGGCAUGUGAUGCCCAACAGAACACAUGUAAGAAGUGAAACCAUUGGCAUUAGGGGGCUAGGUGGUUAUGGUGCUUGGCGUUUUCCUUUAAUGUAUGUUGCUAUAGUAAAAGUUAGCUAAUAUGGAUAGCUAAAAGUAGGAAAAACAGACAGACUGAAAUAAAUAUAUGUAGUAUUAGGAUUUCAUUAAGUUAUAUGCAGUACAGUUUUUUUUGAAUUUCCUUGUAUUGAAUUCCUUUUGUAUGUCUAACCUUUAGCCCACUGCAGACAUUUGAAAAGAUUGUAUGCAGGUUGUGCUUCUUUAAAACGGUUUCCACACAUACUAAAUAAAUAGCGGAGUAUUGUCCUUCAAUAAGUGUUUUAACCCUUUAAUGACCAGUGAUGGAAUUAUUCUGUCAUGGCAUUCUUUCCCUAAAGGACUCAUGAUGAAAUAAUUUUGCAAUGCGGAAUUUUACCACCAUGGGAUGUUUCCAACCUUAGGUUUAGAGUUGGCUUUAGGAUUAUGUUUUGGGUUAUAGUUAGGAUUAAGAUUACGAUGGGGAUUAGGAUUAGGGCAAGCGAGUGAAUCCCUACACUGAAAUAAACAAGGUAUUUUUUCUGCUUGUUUUAAAAUUAGAGAUGGGAUUGAGAAGUAAGAUUUGUAUGUAAAAAAUAAAAUUAAAAUAACCAUACAACAAACUUUGAAAAAAUUGUGAAAUAUUGACACCUCAAUAAAGCUCAAAAUACAUGAGUGCUCAUGGUGUCCACAUUGGCAAAUUAUAUGCUUUUAUUGAGUAAUGGCUUCUAAAAUGACACCAAAUGCUCCUUUGACCCAUCUUAAAUUUGCCAUCUGUUAAAAAAAAUAAAAAAAUUGCUCAGGGCAUAUUAUAAAUUCAGCCCUGCACUUUGUACAAAAUCUUGACAAAGGUAUGCAAAAGGGGUUAUUCUGCACUUUGAAAACAUAGGUGAGCAUGAUUUAGUGAUUUGUAUUGCAGUAGCACACAUCACAUUUAAUAAAUAAACCACUAAAUUGCAAUGUUCAUGUCAAAAAUGUAAAAAUAAAAUAAUCUAAUAAACUUUGAAAGCAAUUGGUGCUAAACUUGGUGUACAAUAAGGCUCAAAAUAUACCAUAUAACAUAUCCUUUGAUGUCUACUUUCACAAAUGGUAUGCAUUUAUGGGGUAAUUUGAACUGUCAAACCCCUCUAAUGCCCCCAAUGAGACACAGGCCCAUCAAAUCCAUAUAUCAGAAUUGUAACUCUAAACACUGAAAUAGUCAGGUCUCUUAUAUGGCACUGUAAUAAUAUACACCGUAUUAGGUACUUUCACAAAUGAUAGGCCUUUGUGGGGCAAUUUGAACAGCAAACUGCUAUAGUGCCCCAGAAUUAAACAUUAGGCCAAUCAAAUCCAUUUAUCAAAAUUCUAACUGUAAACACUGAAAUAGUCAUGUGUCAUAUUAUAUGGCACUGUAACUUCCAAGAAUAGUGACAACGGCAUACAUCCGUAGUGUUGUACGUAAAAGAUGUAGCUGAACGCAAUAUGGGAUUUUUGAGAAAAUGAUUUGACUCUACUUUAUCUGCAGAGAUGAAAUUGAAAAGCUUUUCUAAAUGUUAUAAAUUAAAUAGUUUAAAAAAGUCACAUAUUGAUGCCUUUCACUUCCAAAUUCCAGUUAUUCCUGUUCUAGUAGAUAGACUUGGGGAUGCCAAAGACCAGACCAGAGACCAAGCUCAAAAUCUUAUAUUGAAAUUGAUGGACCAAACUGCUCCACCAAUAGUAAGAGUUUUUCCUUAUUUACUAUGCUACUUUUAAUGGGUAAUCUUUCCUCAUUUUCUUUAUAUAUUUUUUUUCUCAUUAUGUACCCCAUAAAAAUCAUUAGAUAACAAUUAUUUGUAUUAUAGCAACAGUCUAUUUUUCAGUAUAUUUCAAUAAUAUGCAAUCAUUAUUUCAAUCAAACUGCACUAUUAAAUAAUACUUUUCUGAUUAUUUUUUUCUUUAUUGGCUUAAACUCCCUUUGUUGUUGCCGCAGAUUUAAACUGCUUAUGUUAAUGCUAAGGGCACUGGGAACUUCUACAUGGUUAAUCAUUUUCUCAGCAAAAUUGUACAUUUCCAAAUUAAAUGGUUUCCUUUCAUUCAUGUAAAUACAUUUUUUUUAAUUAAACUAGUUCUGUCACCUCAAACUUACCUUUCUCCUUUCCCUUCUCUUCCUCUUUCACAAUCUGUUCUUUAUUUCUGAUGUAUCUCUUUUAAAGGGAUUCUCCAGUGCCAGGAAAACAUAUUGGUUUUCCUGGCACUGCAGGACCCUGUAAUGCCCCUCUCCCUCCCACCCCCCAUCCCAAGUUGGAAUGGGGGGGUGGAAGGGAGUCCAUCGCCGAUGUCCCUCGGCGCUGGAUCAGGCUCCGCCUAUUCUCCUACCCCGCCGGCUGACGGCGGGGGAGACCUAAUGCACAUGCAAUGGCCGAGCACGCGCAUUAGACCUGCCCCCAUUAUGCAAUGCUUUCCUAUGGGGAUUUCGGCGAUGCUGGAGGUCCUCACAUAGCGUUCUAUGAACACGGAGGUCCCUCUAGUGGCUGUCUAUGAACACGGAGGUCCCACCUGCAACAGCCUACUUACCAAACUAGAGAUCUCUUGGCUGGCAUGAAUAAAUUCCAUAAAAAUGGUGUUUUCCACUUUGUUGUAUCUCUUCUGCACUCUCCCAAUCAAUGUGCCAUUCUCUACUCAAUCUUAUACAUGCACAUAUAUAUGGAAGAGAAAACAACCCAGAAUUACUGCAUUCAUCUGUAAAUUGCCAACACACAUUGGGGUUUGGGGAUCCUGGACCUUAAGUCAUAUCCUGUAGCAACAAUUUUGGACCAGUCCAAUUUGGCUUCACUGUCCACCUCACUGUGGAUGUCCUUAAGUGGGAUGCAGAAUUUAACUCCAGUCAUACAAUAAAGGAAUGGUCCACCACAUUCACAAGGGUAAAGGGGCAUCCAGGAAUUUAAACAACUGAUAAUCCAAUUGCAAAAUAACCUUGAAAUCAUGGUGAGAAGCAUGUUUAAAAAACAAAACAAAAAACAAAGUGGUUGGUUUAAUAACAUAACUAAGAGGGAGGCCUCUAACCCGCCCGUACUGGUACCCAGCAAAUCAACUAGACAGAAGUACAAACUAGGGGUAGCGGAAUAUUUCCUAACAGACCUUACCCCACAUUGGAAACACUGACCCUUUUUCCUCAGUAACAUUGCUAUUACACACACUUUUUUUGUGUGCUUGUUUUGGUUAGUUUGUGCUUAUCAGAUCUGCAUGACACGUGUGGCCACAUUUUGCGAAUAAUACCCGUUGUAUAUUGCUACUUUGGUGUCAUGGAUAUUCUAUGGAACAUGUACUUGCUUUCAGAUUUAUGUGUCAUUGCAUGUGUUAUCCAAUUGAAAACAAUAAAAACUAUGUUUAGUAAAAAAAGAAAUGGGAUAAAUAAUAUGUUAUUGUUCUUUACAGUGUGUCUGGGAGAGGCUUGCUGCGGGUUUUAAACACAAAAACUUUCGGUGUAGAGAAGGAGUUUGCCUCUGUCUUAUUUCAACUUUAAAUAAGUAAGUUUUUGUGAAGUUUACACACACACUUAUCCAUUUUUUUUAUUUUCAGUGUAAUUUUUAGAGGUUUCUUUUAUUAUUUUCAUGUGGUUUUACAUGUUUUGCUUUUUUUUUUCUUCUCUUUAAGCAUAAAAUAGCCAGUCCACUAUUCACAAUCAUUAUUUGUAACUUACAAAGUUUUGCAAGUCUCUCUCUACUGCACCUAGUUACACCAGGGAACAUUAUAUGUACUUUUAUUGUGUAGCAGCCACUAGGGCCAUGCAGAGAGCCCUUCAGCAGAGCUCUCUGCAUGGUCCUGAAAGUAGAGGGGCAGCAAGGAGGUGGUCUGUCAGCUUGGUGUGCUUGACACCAGGCUGACAUGUCCCAUUAAGUGGGUGGACACAGUUGCGUCACUGGCAGUGCCCCCUAGAAUGUCCACUCACCCAUCGUGAUUACAUACCUCCCAAUGUUGAUUGGUAUGGUUGCGCGAAGGGAUAAAGUUGAUGGACUGGAUUUUCUCAAUUUACAAUGUAAUUUAUCCUAAAACGUUACUUGGGAUUUUAGAUGUCUAUCCAAAAAAGAAUAAAAAGCCAAAUUUUACUCAUAUUGGAAAAUUUUGAUAAUACGUCCAGUUUAGUUUUUUGUAAAAUUUUGUCAUCUUUUCAGAUCAUUCAUAAAGGCAUCUUUCAUAAAAUAAGCUGAAUUUCACUGACAAACCUAUACAUUUGGCAAUGGUACAAAUGAAAGAGUAACUGACAGUGUAUUGUUCCUUCACCUCAGUAAAUGCUAUGUGAUAGUGAGGAAUUUUCAUCAUAUCGCGAAUAAAGUAGGUACAGUAAAAAUAACAUGCACUCAGGCACCUUUAUACCUUUUCUUCAUGUGCUGUGUGUGCUGCAAAGCAGGGUGGCUCAGUUACAUGUGAUAGAAAAAUAAGAAAAGGGUCAGCGCUAAUAAAAUUGAAGUAACGUAGGCAGCGGCCCAACAGAAGGUAUCCCUCGAACCCUCUGAGGAGAGAACAUGUAACACAAAGAAAUACAGGAAAAGGGCUGCCCCAAUAGUUAUAAAGGCAUUUUUGAUAAAAUAAGCUGAAUUUCACUGACAAACAUAUAAAUUUUACAAUGGUACAAAUGAAAGAGUAACUGUCACUCCAUGUAACUGAUAGUGUAUUGUUCCAUCUCCUCAGUAAAUGUAUUGGGACUAAAGUUCUGAUGGAGUAACUGAAGGUAAAGUCCGAUAAUAUUGAGGUCUCACUCAGAAGUAAGUAUCUCUAUAAGGUGCCUGUUUUUGGGUGUAGAGUCCUCAAUGUCCUUAGUGGUCCAACCGUCCCGCUUACCUGCAAGACAAAAAUGAGGAGACCCAAUGGUGCAGUAUAUAAAAGCCAAUAUGGGUAAAAUAAACAAAUAUGUACAAUCAACUCACAUUUAAAAGAGCUAUAGCCAGCUCUGGUGUGAAGGGCGUACAGCGGUAUAAUUCCUGCUUUAAAGGAUAUGUGAUGGGAGUCCUCCAGAGGGAUGGUAUCCAACACUCAGGAGAGGGAUAUAUAAAAGACAGCCAAUAGUGCUCUCAGUAGAAUAAAAUAUGCAGUAAACAUAAAUAAAAAAGUCAUCACAAAUGAGGUGCAUGCAAACUGCACUGUGAUGUCAGCAUUGGUGGUAUGAUCCCCACCUUGGAUAUACUUGGAGUCACACGAAGGUAAAAGGAAGCCAGCUAAAAAAUUACAAAUAAAAAAGUGUAUUAAAAAGAUGAUUGGCACAAAAUUGUAACCAAAAAGCCUUUUAUUAAAUCAAAUGGUGGCCAAGAAUGUAAGUGUGACAGCUUUCUCCCAUCUAGUUUGUUACGACAUGGGAGGUAAGUGGGGGGUGGGGGGGAAGGGGAGACAUGGUUCUCAGGGGUCUCCCCCUUUACUCUGGCAUGCAUGAAUGAAUUUGAGCCAAGGACUCCAGCAUUCAGUAUAGAGUGUAUACGUAUUUACAAAGGAAAGAUGGAUUUCUUCCAUAAGUCUUAUGCUUUCUUCCUUUUUUUUAUCCAACCUCGGAUUGAGGGGCGGGUUGACUUUUUAUUUAUUUAUUUAUUUAUUUUAGUUUAGGGGGAUCAACAUGUUGGCUGCCUUAAGGAGAUGGUGUAUAAGAAUUAUUUUGGUCUUGGAUAAUGGAGUUGGAAGGAGGAGAAACAAUGAUACCUUUGGAGAGACUGGGAUAUCAAGCCCUGUGAUUGUUUGAAUCAUGUGGAUGAUUUUCUUCCAGAAAAUUUGUAUUUCUGUGCAUAGUGACCAAAUGUGGCUUGGAGUGCAUUUCUUCUGCUGGCAUCUCCAACAUUAAACAGAAGAGUUUGGAAAUAAACAGUUGAGGUGCGAGGGAGUGUAGUGCCACCUGGAUAUAGUUGUGUUCGUGUGUGGCAUUGCUAAUGGAAUAAUGAAAUAUAUUGAAUAUACGCUUCAGUUCCCCUAUGGCCAGUGAUAUCUGGAGUUCUUCUUCCCAUUGUGACAUGAAUUUAGUUUUUUGGGGGACCCAUAUCAUUUUGGAGGAUUUUGUAAAAUUUGACAGUUUAAAAAAAAUAUAUUUUUGUUGAGAGCUUGUGUUUCAAAACUUGCAUUAAAUAUAGUUUUAUUCCUGUGUGCGCUCAGGAAUACUGGUGUAGAAGAGAUGUACUGUUUGAGUUGGGAUACACUAAAGUGUUGGAGUGUCGAGAUGGUUGUGUCAGGUAUCAAUUCUUCCGCAGUUUUUACUCCCUUAGAGGAGAGGAUAUUACCUAGCUCGAGGUACUGUGUGUCAUGUAGUACUUUGAAGGCAGAAGUAGUCAUACCCGGUUGAAACAGAGGAUUUGUAGUCAGAGGGUAUAGAGGGAGGGGUGGGGAGACACACUGGGAAGGGCCUGUAUGUGUUGCAAUAGCUUUAGAGUCGGUAUGAUCGUCAGGUGGGAGGCGUAGGGGGGUUUAAGGAAGGUUGUUACUUUGUUAUGCCACGGUAUCGUGUGCAAUGGCACUUGUAAGCAGCUGGCUUCAAUUUGUGCACACUGUGUCUUAUUGUGGGAAUUAGCCCAUUCAGAUAUUCUCGUGUACUAUUGCCUGGUUUUGUGCGUUGUCAGGAGGUUAUAUGGGUGUUUGUGAACCCAGAUAAAUGUACUAAACGUGCUCUUUAUGGUGUUAAAAAAUAGUUUGGGUGUAGGAAUGGGUGGGGUCUGUAUGAGGAAUAAUAUCUUAGGUAGAAUGUUCAUUUUGAUUAGGUUAGUGUGGCCGAGCCAGCUAUAUAAAGGUUUGUUCAAUUUUGUCAAGUCAGCAGUGAUGGCCUUAAUCAGAAGGGGGAAGUUUAAUUCGUAUAAUUUGGACAAGUCAUGUGGGAUGUUGACCCCUAGAUACUUGACUGCUGUGUCGGCCCAAGAGCAAUGGAAUUUAUCUUUUAUGGCCAAAUUUGUGUGUGGGUGUAAGUAUUUAGCUUUUUGCAUAAUUAACUUGAAAGUUGGAGAUACGCUUGUAUAGGUCUAGCUCGGGCAUCUUAUCUGCUGAAAUAGAGAACAGGCGGUCAUCGGCAAACGCUGCUAUUUUGAAGUCAUGGUCAUCUAUCCUGACCCCCAUAAUGUGAUGUCUAUGAUGCCCUGCAGUAGGAGUUCUAGUGUGAGAAUGAAGUGGAGUGGCGAAAGGGGGCACCCCUGUCUCGUGCCGUUCCUAAUAUUAACAGACUCUGAUACUUGUCCAUUGAUUCAGAUUUUUUUGCAAUGGGUUUGGAAUACAGGGAUAGCAUCCAGUGUAUCCAAGUUGUGCCAAAGCCCAGAGCUCUUAGUGUCUAGCAGGAGCGACCAAUCCACCCUGUCAAAGGUCUGUUCAGCAGCGAUGGAUAGAAGUAGGCUUUGUUUUUGUUGUUGCUUGGUCACGUGGAUUAGGUUCAGCAGUUUGGUGGUAUUAUUCUUGGCCUCCCUACCUGGUACGAACCCAGAUUUGGUCAGGGUGGGUCAGUCCUUGGAGUAAUGGGCGAAGACGGUUGGCUAAAAUUUUUGUAAAGAUUUUUAGGUCAGCAUUAAAGAGAUCGGUCUAUAGCUACCCCGACAUAGGUGAUCUUUGCCUGGCUUGGGAAUUAGGGUUAUGUGUGCCUCCAACGCUGUAGGAGGGAGAGCGGAAUUUUGCAAAACAAAAGUUUAAAGCUUCCAUAAACGGUGAGGCUAGGAUACUGGAAAAGGUCUUGUAAUAUUUGGUAGUGAAGCCAUCCGGACCUGGGCUCUUCCUCAGUGGCAAGUUCUUAAUCACCGUCUCGAAUUCCACCUUCGAGAUUGGUAAAUCAAGAGUCUGUUGGACAUUACUGAGGAGCUUUUGGGUGAUUCUAGAGGCGACUAAAUUGCUAAUCUCUUCGCUGCUUGGAGGUUAAUUUCUAAUGUUGUAUAAUUUAGAACAGAAAGUGUAAAAUGCCGACAGGAUAGGUACUACAGUGGUCGGCAGGGACAACGCCAGAAGAGAGAGAGGAGUUGAAGAUGUGUCUUAAGGAAGGCACAAGACAGGGGGAGAGAGUUCUGAUAAAGUGAGAUGGGACAGGAUCGAGUGGGCAAGUGGUGGGGCGAGAGGAAAGGAGAAGCGCAGCCACCUCUUGUUCAGUAGCCAGGGAGAAAGUCUGAUGGGUAGGAAAGGCAUGAUCUACGUGUGCUUGAGAAAUAGAGGGACAAGGUGGGGAGAAUUCUUUCCUUAGCUCAUUAAAUUUUUCUUUAAAGUAGCAUGCAAAGCUAUUGGCUGUAAGGUUAUUUUGGGGAGUUGCAACAGCAGGGUGAAGAAGAGUUAAAGGUGUCAAAGAGACACCUGGGAUUGCAGGAGCAUGAACUAAUGAGAGCGGAAAAAGUUGGCAAGGGCUGCGCUGUAUGAACCCUAUGAAUCUAUAAUGGAAAAGCCUACCUGGGUGCGAGACUUCCUCCAGGAGCGUUCAGCACUACGGGAGCAUAUUUGCAGGUAGUGUGUUGAUUUAGUAUGCCACGGUUCGCAGCGUGUCCUCCUCGAAGUGCAUGUUUGGAGCGGGGCUGCAUCGUUCAAGGCAGUGGUGAAUGUAGUGUUAUAUGUGGAGAUGGCCAGUAGGGGACAGGAAAGGGUAGGGAUGGAUAGCAGUUGUGAAUCAAUAUCAGCUGACAGCUGCUGGAGGUCAAUAGAAUUAAAGUGCCCCUCUCCCUCCAACCCCCCAUCCCAUGUUGCUGAAGGGGUUAAAGCCGAUGUCCCUCGGCCCUGGGUCAGGCACCGCUCACGCACCUCCCUCGCCGACAGACGGCGGGGGAGACCUAAUGCGCAUGUGCGGCAAUGGGCGCGCCCUCGCAUUAGAUCUCCCCAUAGGAAAGCAUUAUUCAAUGCUUUCCUAUGGGGAUUCCGGAAACGCUGAGGACGUCCAGCGUAGUUUAAAACACUUUUUGUGUUCUAAGAACACAGAAGUCCCUCUAGUGGCUGUCUGAUAGAAUAAUUACACUUGCAGGGUUAAUGGUGGUGGAAGGAGGUGGUGAUCAGAGGGAGGAAAAAUAGAGUGUUGCAGAUAUUAGAUACUGUACAUACAUAAGAGAAAAUGAGGUUGAUGGCCCAGCUCCCAUGGGUGGGAGAAUUAGGCCACUGUGAUAGCCUGAGGGAGGAAAGAAUUGAAAGUAGUUUAGAAGCUACUAAGGUCAAAGGUGGGUUAAUGGGAAUAUUGAAGUCCCUGAGAAUUAGCAAUGGAAUAUUAGAAGCGAGGAAGUAGGAUAAUCCUAUGGAAUUUGCAGGUGCUGUAUAAAAAAAUUAUAAUGAUAAUAACCAGGGAGCAAAGUGGUCAAGGAAGAGGAGUUUGGGAACCAGGGGGGCGAUAAAUAACGGCAAUGUUAGAAGAGAAGGGUUUGAAGAGGCGAAUCGAAUGAAUUUUAAAUGAUGGGAAAGAGGUGGAAGGGGGGGUGGGUAGAGGUUUGAAGGAGCAGUGAGGUAAUAUGAGAAACCCUACACCACUACCUUUUACAUUUAGAGUGUCUUGGGUUGUGGGCAAGUUGAAGAUCACCAAAGGAUAAAGAUGCAGGGGUAGCAGUGUCAGAAUGGGCUAACCAUGAUUCUUUUAAGGCUAAUAAAUCUAGGUAAUCAGAGAUGAAGUAGACCACAGUGGAUUUUGUAAUAUUGCAAACAGAGCGUGCAUUCCAGAGGGCAGUAUUGAAGGAGGAUUUAGAGAAAGAGUAACAUGAGAUGGGUAUGAGAUUGGUGUGGUUCCUUGAGUUAGUACGUGGUAAGUUUGCUGAGAUGGGACCGGGGUUUGGAGAGACAUCACCAGCUGCUAGGAGCAGAAGGAUAGAAAGGAAGUGAAGGUGGGAGUAGGAUUUGAACGUUUUGUAGGAGGGUAUGUAUAUAGAGUAUUUGGGAGGAGUUGGAGGAGAUAGGCUAGAAAGGUAUAUGUAGAGUGCAUGGGAUGAAUAGAGAGGGGGGGGGAGUAAAGUGGAAUUAAUGAAGAUGGUGUUGCCAAGGACAGGUGAGCAGAAGGAUAGGGAUAUUUUAGUAAUGAGAGAAGUUAGUAUGAAAGUGAAAAAUAGAAGGGAGAACAUUAAUAGUAAUAGGAUGUAAUAGGACCAUAUCCGCACUCCUCUAUCAAGUGUAUGAACCUAUGGGGGAUACGUAUCAUGUCUAUUCUAGAGUAUGUUUUAGUGGAAGGAAAGUAGUAUGAGUAGUCCUUAGCGUAAGGAUUUGGGAUUCGCCAACUAUCACAGAGUUGGGCUUGGUCUAGCAAGUGAUUAAAGCGGCAACGUGCCUCAGUGUUGGUACGUUGUGACCUCUGAUGUGGUGCGUAUCAAGAGAUAGAUUCAUGUUCCCCCCAUUACUAGUCAACCCUCUGUGAAGGUCUCUAUGAUCCUGAGGUAUUUCCGGAACAAUCUACCCUGGUGUUUAUUAGGAAGGUAUAAAUUUGCCAAUGUUACCAAGUUAUGGCCUGUUUGGCCUUUGACCAGUAUUAUUCUACCUGAGUCGUCAGAGUAUUGUUCUUUAUAAGUAAAAGGGAUCUGUGAUCCUAUAAGAAUAAGUACCCCUCUUUUCUUGGCUCCAGUAAAGUUAUUAAAGUAUCCUGAUGGGAAUUUGCUAUUUCUAAGGGUCGGGGCUGAAUCCCCCAUCAAGUAUGUUUCUUGGACAAAGACGAUGUUUGCCUUCAUUUUUUGGAAAUCUUUGUUCGUUUUUCUGGGCUGUUGACUCUCCCCUGGCAUUAAUGGUGACUAUCCGUAUCGUGGCCAUGGCUGGAUAGGAAUCUAGUUUAUAAAAUAAAAGUAACUAUAAUAAAAUUAUAAUGAAAGUGAAUGUCUAGAGCAAGGAGGUGUAGUGCAACCUGUCUUGUUAUCACUACGGUAUAGCCAAAUGGAUAGAUUACCGCCGGUUUCUAUCCCAAUUCGUGGGGGCGGGGUACCACGGUCACCGAAAGUAGAUAGUAUGAGGAUUUAUGUAGCUUACGUUGUGAAGGGGGAAGCUAAAAUGUCAAGGAGUUGGAUUGAAAGGAGCUGCAACUUUCAAUAAUCCAUGAAAAUUAUGGUAAACCCUGAACUAUGCAAUUAGCCCAUAAUAGUAAAGAAAAUGUAUCUAUAUGUUUUUUUGUUUUUUUUAGUUUUCUAAAAAACUAUAGAACCUGUGUUAACUAUAUAACAGUCUUCAUAUCUCCUAUGAACAUCCAAGUGUUAUGUCUCACUCACUGGUGUUGGCCCAGAGUCCCUGUGUCCCCUUCAUUACAAGGAUAGCGUGUAUGAGAUUCUAUCUGAGCAUGGGAAGUGAAAACCCUCAUGUUUUGAGCGCCGCUGUGCUCUGGGGAUUGUCCCAAAGAAGCAAAGUGCCAGAGAUCCCCCCAAUUCCUGUCCCCCAACACUUGUUGAGAAAACAAAAAUACAUCCCCACACAGAAGGUAUACCCCACAUGCCUACAUAACACUAGUCUAAUGGUAGUGCGGGGUAAAGCAUGGAUACAAUGCAUUUUAAAUUGAAAAGAAAAUUGAGAGGGCAGAGUGGGGGUAAAAAAAAUGAAAGGGGCAUCAUCCCCAGCCAGCCAUCUCAUGUUACAGAGCUCCAGUCUAGCAGAGAAAAUUGCUGUUUAAUGCUUUUGGCGGUCCCGAGGCUGUGAGCGUCCUACUGUAGUUGAAGUGAGGCAGGCUGAGCUGAAAUGUCCAGUGAGCAGGAGGAUGCGAACUGUCCGGUGUGAAAGAGACAUUUUGGUGGAGAGGGGGUCAGUUUUCGUGUGAAAGUCCAUUUAUGCUAGAGAGGUGGUCAGAUUUUCAUAUGGCAGUCUGGUUAGGAGAUAAGAGUCCUGAACAUGUCUCCAUCCCGGAGAGAUAAUCUGCAUUUAGUUGGGUGCUGUUGUCACGGGAGAGGGGGUCUCCCCAGUGUUCCCACCGUUUCUCCUUCGUUUGGAGGCAGAUUGGCACCUCUGGCAUUGUGGCAUUAGGGAGGUUUGGAUAGCUUGCAUGGCUCCCUACUAAUCGGGUAUUCGGAUUUUGGGUAGAUCUAACGCCCUGGUGAAUACCGGAACAUCUUGAUAAACUGACUUAUAAGAGGUUAUGAGAUGAGUCGUUAUGAGAUGAGUCGCAAUAAGAGCAAAGGGAAAUCCCCAUCUAUAUGCGGGAGCAGAGUUGGUCAGUAAUGGGUCUUAAUGUUCUCCUGGCUUGGAGUGUUGCCCAUGAGCGGUCAGGGCAUAUUUGUAGGGGAGCAUUGUGGAAUAGAAGCAGCUGGGAUGUUUGGCGUAAUUCCCUUAGUAUGUCCUCUUUAACUGAGAAAUAAUGUAGCCUACAAAUUAGAUCUCUCUAUUAGGGGCUCCCCUGGGUUUCCGUGCUCUGUGUGCACGAUCAAAUAGUACAUGAACUACGGAGGAGAAGGUUGAAGAGCUCCCUUAGUGUUGCCUGCAGAUCUUCCUGGUCUGUUUCUGGGAGGCCUUUGAUCCGCAGGUUGUUGCGGCAGCCGCAGUUGUCAAUGUCAUCCAUUGUGCGUUGCAGCCCCGAGAAAAGUUGAGUAUGAGAUGAAACGUCAGCUUGCAACUGCCACACCUGUGUAUAUAAGACACAUCGCGGUUGUCUUCGAUGGCGGUAACUCGAUCUCCAACAUGGCAGAUAUCCGCACCUAUCGCCUCCAGCUUAGAUUGGAAUGAUACUUCCAAUUUCCCCAACAUAUUAGCGAUGUCGCUCUUGGAGGGAAGAUUUCUCAGUGCAUGUCUAAUUUCAAUGUCAGUGGUGAACACCGAUCCUGCAGAGCCCACUUGGCAGGAGGGCGCCUAGCCAUCUUUUGGAUGACUUGCGCACCAUGUUGAGGCCUUGUGUGCCUUGUUGGUGGUCUGCGCUGUCGCAAAAGAAUUAUGUUUUUGGGCUCCAGAUUUGCCCGGGGGAUGUUUCUUUGAUGCUUGCUGUGAAGCAAGGGAUUUUUUUGUGUGUCCCAUCUUUGGGUAUUGUCCCGAUGUAUUCGGCUUAGGUCGAAAAAUGUCUUGGAGAGAGAUUACAGCACGCCCAUGUAGCUCGGACGUCGGCUCAGCACCCUUUUCCCCAUACUUUUUAAGACUAAUAAUAAAAAAAUAAAAAUAAACCUGCCCAAAAGCAGUUUGUGUUAGAAUUACAGGUAGUCAUUGUUUUGCUACCUACCUGCCUUAUGACGGCUCGCACUCACGACCAGCUCUCUCGCAGAAUGACAGGGAUUCCCUGCUCUGCUGCGUUUGUCUAUGUUCAGGGAUAUUUCCCUGAACAUAGACGAACGCAACAGAGCAGGAAAUCCUUCUCAUCUAUGUUCGGGGAAUUUCCCCGAGCAUAGAUUAGAGGGAUUCCCUGCUCUUGUGUGUUCGUCUAUGUUCGGAGACAUUUCCCCGAACAUAGAAGAACGCAGCAGAGCAGGGAAUCCUUUAACUCCUCACUUCGAUCAAUUCGUUCCACGACCGGGUUGUAGGAAUGGAACUCGUUUGGUAAGUGAGGAGUGUCUGUAUUAGAAUACAUAUUGACAUAUAAUUUUUUUUGUCUUAAACUUUAUUUGCAAUAAAAGGGCACGGCUUGUUCCCCCAACUAUUCCAGAAAACCAUAUUGAACUAAAGGAUUGAGUCUAAUUACAACAAUCUCAUUUUAAGGUGGCGCAAGUACAGCGAUCAUGUACUCAUAUGCUGGACAGGAUCAAUAACGCUUUUUGAAGAAAUGGUCCAAAAUUUGAAUGAUAAUGAUUCAGGUAUACUUUGCUGGCUGCAAAGUUGCUCUCUAGCCUGAUCUCCUAAUGGAUUUUCCUUUUUUUACAAGCAUAUAGACAGUUUGAGCAACUAGUGGCAGCGGAGUUUGGAAUAUACCUUUAGAAGUGGGCUUUGAAAUCUCCUCAUACAUGGUCUGCAGUCAGUUGAAUGGGUUUCAGAUGUAGUUAGGGGUUACCAUCUAUGAGGUUUUUUUGUUUUUUUUGUUUUGUUUUUUGUUAUUUACGUCAUUAGCUCAAUUUUUUUCUUUUUGGUUUACAACAAAAUAUAUAAAAAGCCAAAGGGGGUAAUACUGAUGCAAAGUCUUUUUAUAUAAAACUUUCAUAGCAAAACACAUUAUAUAAUAAAAAAAUUAACAUUGAUUUUGCAAUUUUGUUGCAGGUUUGGUGUCCAAGAAUUAGGCGUCAGCAAACUAGUACCCCACAUAUGCCUGUUAUUUGGAGAUUCUAACGCUCAGGUAAGAUUUAUUUUUUUAUAAACACUAUGCAUAGAUUGUGUCUAUGGUUCAUCUUUACUUAAUUAUUUUUUUUUCCUCGAACAAUUACAAAGCUUUGACUCUAUGAAAUCAUUGACAUGUAGGGAAAUUGGCUCUCUUAAUCAUGCCUGUGGAAUAUACCAAAAUAUAAAGGUUUUCUCUUCCCUCAAAACAACCUCAUCUUACUGAAGUUGUUUUAAGGGCUCAAGUUCCUUGGCGCUCUUACCUGGGGUUAAGCUAUAUUUGGUGCCUGUCUGCCAUAAUAGUGUUAAUCUCGCAAAAAGCAUAUCUCAAAAGUUUAUGGUUUAUCAACAUUUUUUCCAGAGCGUAUCUUUUUCUCUGGCUUUCAAGCGUGACUUUGACAAAGCUAGUGUUGUAUCUGGGUGUUGGAGAAGAAAUACAGGCCUGGAGAAAAGCCUGAGAAACCACAGACUUUAAAGACAACACACAUUUUGUGAAAUUAACAGUACUUGCACGUGUGAGGGUUAACAAUAGGGCAGCUGCCUGUCUGCUCUAUUAUUAACCCUUGCACUGCAAUUUAUGGUUUAAGAAUAUUACAGACCAUAUUAGAGGAUCUCCCCUAUUAAUAUGGGAUCUAGUGCACUGCAGUUUUGAUUCAGAUUAUGUAUCUAUUUCUGGUUUGCUCACUGGCUUCUUAGGCAACCAAUAGACAAAUACUGCAGAUUGCAAUUUUUUUUUUUUUAUGUUUAAGAAAAAGAUAUUGAAUUGUUGUGAACACAAUGUACAUAUUCUGUACUAUUCACCAAAUUUACAGAUGAACAUAUGUAGUAAUGUAGUGAUUUGCAAUACCUAUAUCACAUAAUAAUAAUAAAAAAAAAAAAAAAAUUAUUUUAUUGACCAGACAUACACAUUUUAACCUAUCCAAUCACACAGCAACAGAACGUAAAACUACCACCUACUACCCUUAAAGCGGCAAUUAUAGCGAACUUACCUUUCUUUAAUCUAUUCCUCUUCUCUCCCUCUGUCAGGAUCCGUUCUUCAUUUCCUCCUGUCUGCUCUAGUUUUCUUUAAAACAGAAGACAAAGUAGGGACUAUUUCUCUUAUGGAGGUUUCCCGAUGCCUGACCAUCUAUGACCAGCGGAGGAGCAAAGUGUGCUCCGUUUCCUGUGGUCAGAGAAAAUUUCCCACAAUUCUUACUUUUCCUUCAUGUUCACGCGAUGCAUCCUGUCAGUAUUCCCGAAAGUCCUUUCACUUAGAACGCCAGCGAAACUACUGAAUUUCCUCCUAACAGAAUGAGAACAGUUUCUCCAUUCGUGUAGGACGCAAUUCGGGAAUUUCAUUCAAAUGCCGCAUCUUGCAGCUGCUUAGUAGAUAGCUCCAUAAUUCCCACUAAUUAGACUCAUAACACUGUGAUUGGUUGCUUUUCAAAUUAAAAGCAACCAAUCAGUCAAAUUACACAGCAUGGGAAAAUUCCAAAGAACUUUCCGACGUUGUGUAAAAUGACACAGAGCACUCUGAUUGGUUGAAUUUCAAGCCAACCAAUCAGAGUGCUAUGACAGGUAAAUGUAGAGACUCAGAAAGCUCUGCGCCUAAUUGCGGUGUGUGGGAGGCUUUAUAAGCCUUUCCCCGCCCUGCAGAGCUCAGUCUGUGCUGGGCCAUCCAUGGAUGAAGAUGGAUUAUUUUUUUUACCGACAGGAUUUUUAAUUUUUGGCGCUCUGAUUUUUUUAAUUUUCAAAAUUCGACGGGAUUUUCAAAAAGGUAAGUUUGUUUUAUUUAAAGGUAUUUAUUUUUAAUAAAUUCCUACCAACCCCCCUCACCCUAAAAAUAGUGAAGGGGGAACAAUACAUUUUUUUUGGAUGGGAGGUAUAUGGUGCGGUGACUAGGGGCUUGGGGACCCCUAGUCACCUGGGUACGGGUUACAUUUAGCCUCCACCCGCCGUUGUCAGUUUAAUAGCCCCCACUCAACCAGCAUGGUUUGGGGCUCUGGAGGGGGGUCCACUGGCUGUUCACUGUUUAGUAGACAUGCCCCUACCCAUGGCAUAGCGAGUGAGGGAAGGAGGACAUGGGGGGCUUAGGAAGUGGCGGGGAGCACUGCUCCCUGACACUUAUAUUUUUGCAUAUUACAAGGAAGAAGCUGUGUGCUGGUAGCUCUCUCCUUGUGAUAAACCAAACAAGCGAAGAGGUCUUUGUUCAUUCGUUUGAAAUUUCUAUUAAUUUAUUCGUCUUUCUGAUGAGCGAAUAGACGAAAUUCCUGUAGCGAAUGUCCAAAUUUUUAACUGGGCAUGCACAGGAAUUUCACAGCGCUAUCUAGUGUGGGCAGAUGACGUGUCCCACAGGGAAUUCAUCUACCCACACAAAGAUGGUGGCGCCCAGGACCUUGGUCCGGGCAGAAAAGAAAUAUAUUUUAAAAAAAAAAUAGGUUAUAUGGGGGCUUUAGGGGCAUUUGAGGGUUAAUAGGAGGACAAUUAGAUGUAGUGGAGUCGGGAGGGGGGGUUCAAAAAAACAAAACAGGAUACGGCCAUGACAGUGCCGCUUUAAUGUGUCAAUCACUCCUUCCUCUGAGCACAGUGCAUAAGGUCCACCACAUGUAGAAUCUACAUCAUCCUAAUUUAGAAAAUCUGACAACAUACUAGAUUUUCUUAACUAUUUCUUCUCACUUUCUGGUGCUUGGAGUGGCUCUUAAAAACUUUAUGGUUUAGAGGCAUAAUAGCAUAAAGAACAGGAUCUAAAGUUUAACUUAUUUGCCUCCAACACUUUUAUGUGUUUAUUUUUUCCUUUUAGGUUAGGGAAGCUGCACUUUUAGCCACUGUGGAAAUUUAUAGACAUGUGGGUGAUAAACUGAGAGCAGAUCUUGCCACUAAAGGAAUAUCUUCAGCAAAGUAAGUAAACCGCAUUUUAAGUUUUUCUUGAUACCUUGUGUAUGUCUUAAGGCUGUUUGUAAUGUUCAAAAUCUUGUGCCUGUCAGGCUUGUGUGAAGUCUGCUCUGAAGUCAUAGAUAACGGGUUUAGCAUAUAGCCAGAUAUAUUUUUUGGAAAUCACUGAAGCUUCAGCAACAUGAAUUGAAGAGGAAUUUUUAAAGAAAUUAAUAUAAAGUCAGGAAUACAAACCUGUAUUCCUAACACUAUACACUGAUCAACCACAACUUUAAAACCACUGAUCGGUGAAGUGAAUAGAAUUAUAUCGUUUCAGUGGCAUCUGUUGGGAUUAGGCGGCAAGAGAACAGUCCGUUCUUGAAAAGACAGUGUUUACAGCAAAAAGCCUGAAGGUAAUGAUUCUACUCACCAGAACAAAUUCAAUAAGCUGUAGUUGUUCUGGUGACUAUAGUGUCCCUUUAAAUGUCUGCUGUGUCUGCUGCUAAUGCCUAGAUGCCAGAUACCACAGGGCACACACGAGGCUGUGUGGAAUCCAGGCAUCAGAGCUGUUUUGGCAGCACGAAGGGGGCCUUACAUGAUAUUAGGCAGGUGGCUUUAACCCCUUAAUGACACAACUUCUGGAAUAAAAGGGAGUCAUGACGGAAUAUUUCCGUUAUGUGUCCUUAAGGGGUUAAUGUUGUGGCUGAGCAUUGUAGUGCUCCUGUCACUAGUUCCUUACAGGUCCCAACUCCCCCCCAGUUGUGAUUAAAAUAAAUAAAAUUAAAGUUUUUGCUUACAUUUUUUCAGUACAGAGACUCCCUCAGCACUGCUUACCUCUCCGCCUCCCACAAGGUUAUGGAGGAGGCAUGGCCUCCCCUGCAAUGGUCCAGUUCAAUACUCUUCACAUGCUGCGCAUACAUCCAAACUUCCUCGUAGGGAAGUUUUGAAUCAAUGCUUUCCUAUGGGACAUCUGCAUUAUGUGAACGAGUUUUAAUUAGGCAAUGCCGUGAAGCGUCUGUCAGUUUGAUAGACACUAGAGGAGGAUUUAACCCCUUCAGGAUGGAGACAAUAGUACACGUUCUGAUCAAAACAAAAUGUAAACAAAAACUGGAAUUUGCGCUAUAUGUCUGUUCAACCGUAAUUCACCCGCAUCAACCGUAAUGCACCCGCACUUAUUAUAUAUUAUUUUGUUCAGGAGAAACUGGGCUUUUAUUUCUAAUGAACUAUUGAGAAACUGUGAGAAAUUAAGAUAGUAGCCACAAACACUGGCCAAAGUUAUCCUUUAUAUUUGUUUUUGUGUGAAAAAAAGCAAAAAACUAAUAUUUGGCCAGUGUUUGUGACUAAGUGGCUACUAAAAAUGACUGUACAUACCCCAUUUGCAAUACCUUGGGUUGACUACUUUUGCAAAUGGUAUGCCAUCAUGGGGGUAAUUCUCAUUCCUGGGCUACCACACGGUCUCAAAGGCAACAUAACCAAUCUGGCAAAUUUAAAUGUGAAAAAAAUAAAAUGCAAGCCUUAUGUUUGACUCUCUAACUUUUCAAAACACCAUAAAACCUGUACAAUGGGGGGUACUGUUAUACUUAUGAGACUUCACUGAACACAAACAUAAGUGUUUCAAAACAGUAAACAGAUUACAACAAUUAUAUAGUCUGUAUAAGUGUCAUUUGUGUGAAAAAUGCUAAAAACUUCACUUUUACUAAAAAUAUCAUAUUUGUUAUACAAGUUACCAUUUUGAAACACUAAUAUUUGGGUUCAGCAAAGUCUCCUGAGUAAAACAGUACCCCCCAUGUACAGGUUUUAUAGUGUCUUGGAAAGUUACAGGGUUAAAUAUAGUGCUUGUGAAUUAAAUUCUCUGCACUUUCUGCCUGGGAUCAAAUUUUAAUUAAUUAAAUCACAUAAUUAUGUUUAAAGAUUACUUAAAUAUACAUGUUGAAUUUUAAUAUAUAUACAUAUAUGUAUUUAAAUUCUAUGUGUAUACUUGUAGUUCUUUAUAUAAUUAUAUAUAUUUACCUAUAUAUAAAUAUUUGCCGUUAUUUGUAUUUUAUAUAGAUAUAGAUAUAUAUAGAAUGUCAUUCUAAAUGUAUUUUGUUACCUAUAUAUAUAUAUAUAUAUAUAUAUAUAUAUUAAUAGCAAAAUACAGUUAGAAUGAAAUUACAUAUGUAUAUAGAAUUUAUUAAAAAAAUUUAAAAAUAUUUAAUUUUUUACAUUUUUGUAUUUAUAUGUAUAUAUACCUGUAUAUAAACAUUAUAUACAUAUAUAUAUAUCUUACAUAUUGUAAAGCGCUACGUAAUCUGUUGGCGCUAUAUAAAUGGCAAUAAUAAUAAUAUAUAUGUAAUGUCAUUCGAAGUGUAUUUUAAUACUAAUAUAUGUACUUAUAUUAAUACUAAAAUACACUACGUAUGAUGUUACAUAUAUAUAUUUUAUAUAUACAUUUAUUUUAAACAUGUUUAAUAAUAUUUUUUUUACACCUCCCACCAGCAGAGGGAAUGUCUGAUGUUCAGACAGUCCCCCUGCUGGCAGAACCACAGCCAGCUAUAGGGGGCCAUGUGAUUGCCCUUUGAGAGCGAUCACAUGGUCCCCGGGGGCCUGAUUUAGAACGCUACAUAGAACGCUGUAACGGCGUUAAGGGGUUAAUCCUGCAAUGUAAACACUACAGUUUCUUAAAAACUACAAUGUUUACACUGCAGGAUUAAAAGGACAAGAAGACUGCACCCAGGCCACUUUAUUGAGUGAAGAGGCCUGGGUGACUUAUUUUGUGGUCCUUUUAAACAUAUGCAAGGAGCAUGUGUUUUAAACUGCUUGAGGUAUUGCUUAAAAGUUAAUCUUUUCCUUAUUGUUUUUUUUUUUUAGUAUUGUUUUAAGAUAUCAGGAAUCAUUAUCUUACUGAGAGGGUAAUAGAAGCAUGGUUUAGCCUUCCAGCUGAAGUGGUUGAGAUUAACAAAGUGAGGGAAUUGAGUAAUGCAUGGCAUAGGCAUAAGGCUAUCCUAGAUAUAGAAAAUAUAUAUAAAAUUUUGAAAAUUGGGUAGAGUAGCUAAGCUGAAUGGUUCUUGUCUGGCAUCAUUCUAUGUUUUUGUAUUUCUAUUAUUAUUAGCAUUCAAGUGACACCAAUAUACAAAAAUUUACUUGGACAAAAAGAAGGCCCUUCUCUCAUGAGUUUACAUAUGUUACAUUUUUGAACUAUUGAAUGAAUUCUGAAAGUGAGAAUAUUUCCCGAUAUUUUAAAAUAAAUAAUGUAUGUGCUUUUUGGGUAGAGAAAACACUGAAACUUGUGUUGUGUAUAUCUAAAAAAUGUAAAUCAUGUUAUAUAACAAACUAGACAGAUUGUGGAGUGAAAAUAGAGGUCUCCUUACUCCUGAGAUGGUAUUAUUUCCCCCAUCACAUGCUUCAUUGCCAAAUGACUUUCCUUGAUGCCAUAUUUGUUUUUUUAUAUAAUACAUUAUGUAUCCUCUGUAUACUAUGUAACACCAAAGAGUCACUAGGUGGCGAUAGCCUUGUGCUUCUUUAGUGCAAUGCAGAAAUAUCUGCUCUUUCUGCAUUCCCUUGUUACGUAAAACAAGGAUUGAAAAGGUGCCAGACUAGCAAGCAGAAGUGAUCACGUCACCACUGGGAGGGAAAAGGAAUUCGAGAGAAAAGCUGAAUUUAUUAUUCACACAGCCAGGAAGCUAAAUCAGCUGAAGCUAACUGCAAUUUAUUUGUGAAGUUCGGUACCUUGGAAUGGUAAACCUCAAUACUAGGAUUAGGUGGAUUCUCAAUCAACAUAUCGAAGAAGACAUUUGCAUAUGCUCAUCUUUUAAGGCAAGCAAGACUAGGGCAAUAAUUUUGGUUUGUUUUUGUUUUGUGUUGCUGUUUUUUUUUUUUUUUAAUGUUAAUAAUCCUAAUUACUUGACUGCUCUGAAUGAAUGAUUUUCCUUUGAGGCCUAAGCAGCCUGUGAUGCAUUGUACUGCAUUGUUAGCUUCACUGGCACAAAAGAAGCUAAUCCUAUUUCACUGCUCAAAACAUCACUUCUAUAACCGUGCUGCAGUGCUGUCGACUCUAGCUGCGUAUGACAUUUGCAGAAAAACAGAACUUGGUCCCUAAGGCAGCUUUGAAUAAAAAAAUAAAAUAAUCUGAAAUAUGAUAAAGCUGAAAUACAGGAAGACAUUCCAUAAAUACUGUAUUGGCAUUACGAUGAUGCUUUAUGGUUGCCACAGAGGCUUAGUGCUCUUACAUGUCUGACCUUGGGUUAGUCAUUUAAUCUGUGUAUUCUUGUUGUAAUACUUCCAGAACAUUAGUGUUUUUCAGCCGUUGUUUUUUUAAAAUCCUAUUCAUGAACUAUUUAAAAAAAAUUUUUUUAUCCCUUUUCUUUUGUUUUAUAAAGUCUUUAAAUAGGUGGCACUAUAUGAAUCUUAACCUGUGUUUAAACUGUAUGAUUUUGAUUUUAUAUUUAAAUAUAGUAAUGCAGACCUGUUUUUUUAUUUACUGACAAAAAUAACUUUGCAUACUAAAUAGAAAUGAUGAUGUAGCCAUUUGUUCUAUUUUUGUUUCUUUUUAUAUAUUGCAUAUAAAAAGUCAUGUGUAAUGUUCAUUUUUAAAUGAAUGAUAUUUUGCAAAGAUUAACAAAUCCAUAUUCACACCGCAAUAGCAUAACUUUUAUCCUAGACAUAUAUUUUAUAUUUUUUUCUGCACAUUGACAUGCAGAAUAAUUUUAUUAAGCCAUGUUCAAGUUAAAUGAAUACCAUUGUUUUUAUAGCCACAAUAAAUGACUAGGAUUUAGCUGCAUUUUUGAGCAUGUAUUAAAUGUUCCUUUAAGACAUAUAGGUUUGGACCAAACCUCUGUGUAUUUACAGUUACUUUUCAAUUAGUAACUUAUUCAGGCCAGAAGCGUUUUAGGUACUUUGAUUAACCGCUACAGUUGGGUGGUUGUGAUUAUUUAGGCUUUAAUGCUGUAUUUAUUUUGUGAACUAAUUUUAUUAUUGAAUAGUGGCCAUAAAUGGUUAAUUAUUUUUUUACUAUGGAGUGAGUGGGUAAAUAUAAUAUGCUUUACUGUGUUUUUUUAUUGCGGGUUAAAAAAUGAAACUUUGAACGCUGUCAGGAGAGCAGUCAUCUGCAGUCAUCUGAGAAUAACUGAUGUAGAUUGGAGACAUUAUGUUAGCAACAUCCGGACAGGCCUUUUCUCCCCCUUUCUUUUUUUUAUAUAUACCUGCUCCACAUUUUAAAUGUCUGUCUGCUAUUAUCCAUAACAAUAAUUAUAUUUUUUUCAGUGGGUAUAUAAAAAUUGUGACCUCUAAAUGUUAUGUGCUUUUGUAGGACCUACUGAAUUAAUCAUAUGAAGAAAACCGAUCAUUGAUUGUGUACUGCUUUUAAAUUGGCAAUAAGCUAUAUACCUGGAAACUGAUAUAAGAAUUAGUGGUAGCAUCACAUACCUAUAUUUGUUAUGCUACAAUCUAAUCAACCCUAUCAGUCCAACAGCACUUUUCAUUUUAUUACACCUUGCAUUUCAUUGCCAUUUUAAGCAUUUGAUUUUCUCUUUCCCCACAAAAAAAAAAAAAAACAUGUUUAUUUAAUUUCACAUGCUCACACAUUGUUGGCUAAAGUAACUUAACACCUACAAUGCUGUACACGUUAUACAUUACUGAAGAAAUUCCACAGAGAACUUGUUCUCAUUCUUCAUUUCUCGGUAGAUGUCCAAGAUAUUUCUCUGUUGAUGUGUAGAAAUCUUUUGCAAUUCUAUGAACCAAAAAAAAGAAAUCUCCCUCUAUAGCCAAUAAAGCACACAGGCCACUUAAAACUCAAUUAAGUGGUCUGGGUGCCAUUGUCCUGUAUUUUUAAUCCUGCAACAUAAAACAUUGCAGUUUUCGAGAAACUAGUGAAUGUCUUCCUGACAGACACUAGAGGCACUUCCAAUGUGACUGCUGAGUUUCACUCAGUCAUGUGACAUUUUCUGUUCUUAUGUCAGACAUCAUCAAAUGCUGCUCAUAGGGAAGCAUUUGAUUCAUUGUUUAGCAUUUGAUUCCCUACAAGAGUCAUCUGACUGAACAAGCGUGGCACUUGCUGUACAUUCAUUCUAGUCCAUAUGAUUCUCUUUGUGAAUCAUUUGAUUGGAUGAAGUGUUAGCAGACAGAUGAUGUUGCUGGAGAAGAUUUUUCCAGUUGCAUGGGGUGAGUCUUGAAACUGGAAAAAAGGUUCAUUUUAAUAAGUAAGCGGAGGCCAAAAAUCUAACUAGGCACUAGAGCACUAUAGCUUUAGGAAUACAUGUUUGUAUGCCUAACAAUAUGGUGUUCCUUUAACAAUACAGCUUAUUGUAAUUGUUCUAGUGCUAGAAAGGAAAAUAAGGUUUAAUUUUUACAUUUGGAGGCAAUGCUUUAGUGGUGUCUCCCCAGGGGUAUAAAUUUUGUAAAUUUGAAGUAGCAGUCAAGUCAAGAAAAUGGUGGUGAAUUAAAAGUAAGAGCACUUCAUGGGGACCCAGUAACCUUUUAGUAAUUUAAAAAAGAAAAUCUGGUUAUUUGGGGUGUGGGAAUCAGCAAUUAUAAGGAUUUUACCAUGGGACUACACGUACCCUUAAAUAUCUUAUACACUCGCCACUCAUUUUUUAUCGUUCUUUAUUUUUGUAGUGCAUGAGAGGUCAGACGUUCACAUAGGAACAGUAUAACAUAUACAAGAGUAUUAUAGUAUAGCUUCACAGUGUGUCCAGAGUUACUGCACUAUUUUUUUUUCUUUCCGGAAAUAACACCAUAGAGAAACAUCCAAAACAUAAACAAUAUUGAUUAGGUAAGCAGUUAGUAGAGACAUGUGGUGAAAAGAAUCACUACUACAAUAGGUAUAUAGAAGAUUAAUUCUAACUUGUUUGUCCUCCCUUUAGUGGAGGGUGGUCUAAGAGUCCAAGAAGUGGGUUGAGGUGAUGUCUUCUGAGUGUAUGUAAUGGUAGGAUAAGUAGACUACUAAGUAGCGGUGUCAGCUGGGGAGCGUGCCCAUUAGGCCCACCAUGUGUCACCGUGAAAGAGAUGUGUUUUAUGGGGUGUAAGUAUAACCCCUUGUCAUGAGGUCCAAUGUGAGUGGUUACCUCUAACCAAUGGGGCAGCGGGGUUGCAGGCCCAGUUGUGGUGCAUAGUGUUGUGUGUUGCUAAUUGCCAUGGGGUUGCUAAGGACACACGUCCAUCUGUGAGUGUUCUAACUUAAAGGAUAAGUGCGUACAAAGGGAAAUCAAACUGAACAUAAACUUCAACAUUUCUGGAGUAAAGCAUUGCCCCAAGGUAUGGCAUGCUCAAGUCCCUGGGUCUGAGGCACGGUCCUGCCCGGGAUGAAAGGGACUAUAUUGGAGGGAUCCCAAUUCGGGGUCUUAUUGUGGCCUGGGAACCCUGAGGCAUCGGAGCGAGUCCCAGUGUCUUUAAAAGAGAUGGAGCCUUGUGAGGAGAGGAUGUUUUUAGGACAGUUCCGUAUGACAGAUCAGAAUCUUGGCACUAUCCAGCGGUAAGGUAUAUCAGCCUCCUGGAGUUGGCUUGUGAUCUCCGACAUUGUAGGGUAGCUCUAGUGAGGUCUUGGAUGACUGGGAUUUGUGCAGAUACAAAGGCGUAUGGUGUCUUGCCUCGUAAAGCUGCCAUAAUGAGCCUCUUGUCUUGAGCAGUGGAGCAUCUUGCUAUGACAUGACUGUGGCGAUUUGUUGAUGCAGUAUACGCCAUCAAAGAUAGUCUUCUUGGCUUGAGUUAGUGGUAGGAGGGUGGAGACCAGACGACGCAGGUAGUGCGGCAGUUCUUCAGCUGGAGCAGCGUCAGGGAUACCACUUAGUUUGAUAUUGCAGCGUCUGCUUUUAUCUUCCAGCAUAGCCAUCUGUACGGUUGGAGUUGUGUGAGGUGUGCAGGUCUUGCAGGGAAUCCUUCAGGGAAGACAUGCCUGCCCUUAUAUCCUAAAUGUCUUCUUCUGAGACUCUGACUCUGUCUGUAACUGCCUGGAUCUCUGUUUUUAACAAAUACAAUGUCUGCAGCAAAUAACUUUUGUAUUUUUUUUUUUUUUUAAAUACGGUAGGUUCUCAAUGUCCUGUUUAAUAGAUGGGACAGUGUUUUUAUUAGUCCCUGUACUGGCCUCGGGACACGUGGCUGGCCUCCUGGCCAUCGCUGGCGGCCAUCUUAGUGGGUACCUGCCUUUGCACCAUGGUGCUUAUAGCCCUGGUUUCAGCUGGGGCUCCCACAGCAGGCUUCUGGGAUCUGUGUCCAUUUGUGUUGGAUUGGGGCCGGGACUGAAGCCCUCUGCCCAGGUGAGUACUCUGUGUGUGUGGGUUUUCCAAGGGGCUCCUGGUAGUAAUAUGGUAUUAGGACAAGCAGGCCCCUACCUUGCAGCGUGGCCGUUUCGAGCCAGAGCCGUACAAAGAGAGGAUUGAUCUGUAGGGGUUGAUGUCCUGCAGCAGGUGGGUUCCCUUUUUCAGGGUAAUGAUCUGUAAAGAAUAAAAGAACCCAUAAAAUUGUAACAUUCUUCUUGGGGUUUGCUGAAGGACUUUUAAUAUGUACUAGAGCAGGGAUAGGCAACCUUUUUAGAAGAACUGUGCCAAAACGAGAUCUUGAAAUCUUUUGACGUGCCGGUGCUAUUUUUAUAAAUUGAGCUUUGUAUGCUGCUGUAUUCUGCUUGUGUUAUUUAUGGCUACCUCAGUUGCUUUGUUGCAUUGUGUUUGUGCGUAUGUGGGCUUUAAUAUUGUUGUAUAUGUUAUUAUUAUCGCCAUUUCAUGAAUAGUUUUUAAUAUUGUGUAUGAUACUUAUGAAUGUUGGAUUUGUAUAGGGAAUUGUGUGUCUGGAUGAUAGGACACAGUUUAUUUGGUGGUGUAUGUGUGGGACUGCUUGUUUGGUUGUGUGCAUGUAUAUGGAUUUUUAGUGUUUGUGUGUGGGCUGUUUGAAUUCUUUUUAUGGAGGUGGGCUUCUUCUGCGGGUCUGUGCAUAUUUAGCAGUGUGGGUGAUUUCUCUGGGGUCUAGUGUGGACAAGGAUGGCCAGGUACAGGGCAGUUCUACUCAGUGUGGAUUCUCCUUCACAAGCCCUGGGAGGAAGUGAUCUGAGAUAUCUCAUUGCUGCAAUGUAUAAAUUGGGGAUUGUCCCGAACCAUCUGCAGUCACUGCUCGAUUUGCACUAGCAGAUAUCUAAAGUCCCACUGGGACUCAUUAUAGGCCAGAGCCAGUUUGGCAGCCUGUGGCACCCUUGAAGGCCGUGCAAAGGCACCUUGGGUGGCAUAGGUUGCUGACCCCUGUACUAGAGUAUCAGUUAGCAAUAUAGUAUUGGGGUACCCAUUUGUAGUUGACCCAGUAAAUAAAGCCAAGCUGAAGCUAGGAAAGGCUCUGUCCACCACCUCAUAUUUUUUCAAAUCCAUGCCAUAAGCUUAUCUCUGGGAUUCUGUGCUACAGCUUAUUCUGAGUAAUUUGCUCUACUAUUGAUAGCGAUCAAGACCUGGAAUAAUAUGUAAUAUAAAGUUACCACAGACUGUUAGUGAGUAUUCUAACACAUGUCUCCAUCAUUUGCAUUAUUAGGCACCACAAUUAGCAUCUAUAAUACUGCAUUUGUUUAUUUACAAAGUUUAUUUUUUUGGGAGAAAUUACACAGACAUUAGACUGAUAUCCCAAGGUUACAUAUCUAAACAUAUAGCAGAGAAAUUAGCAGUUAUUUUGUGUAUGAUUUAUUUUAGAUUGCAUGGGAGCCCGGCGCUGGAUUAAGGUAAGUAACUAAAGGGGUUUUAGCCCCUUCAGUACCAUUGGAGGGAGACCCUGAGGGUGGGGCAAUCGCGGGCACUGUAGUGUCGGGAAAACCGCUUUGUUUUCCUGAAACUAUAGUGAUCCUUUAAGUCCAUCACAAUUUUUCUGCACAUUUUCCCCACAAUCAUUUGCAUAUCUCUUGCCAUAGAUUACUCCUUGAUAUAUUAUUUAAAAUGUUUGUUUUUUCCUGGUUUUCUUUUAAUAACACUCUUAUCUAUGAUUUCAGUAUACUUAUACUUUCAUUUUUAUUUGUUAAAAUUUAUUUAUUUAUUUAUUUAAAAUUUAUGUUCUUUUUGGGGUUGUCUUGCCCUCUUUGGCUAUCACUUUCCCAUUUUCUAGUUAACCUAUCUAAUUUUUUUCCCCCAGUCAUAAUUGUCUUAAUUAUACCUUACAUAUGAUGCCUCUGAUUUGGCUGAUUUAAGUGUUUUAAAUACCUCCCCACUAAGCCACAUUGGUUUCAGUUUGUUUCAUCAAUAUUUAUUUCCCAAUGGUACAUACCGAGAAGUGAACAUUUCUAAGAUGUGUUUGAUAUUCCAUAUACCCUUUGUCACUCAGUGAGUUGUAAUUGUAAAGCUGUCCUUAUCCAGGCAUUUUUAAAAUUAUAUUUUAGCAUAGGUCAUGUGCAUUUGCUUUUUGAGUUUAUUUCAAGAGACACCAUGUUGUAAAUACAUAUGAGUGGACCUAUCUGCUCUGUCAGCCUGCAUUGUAUAUAUGUCUAUAUGAUAUGCAUGGUGCAUUUUUUUCCAUGUAAAAUAUCAGCAUAGACAUAAAAGCUAAAAUGGUUAGAGGAGCACUCCAAGCAUCAACACCACUACCUCAAAUUGUAGUGGUUAUGGUACCAGGAGUUGCAUGGCACCCCUUCAGUGUAAGUUGUCAGACUUAGACAUUUUUUUAAUUUAGAAAGCUUUUACUUGGGGACCACAGGGUGCCCCUUCCUACCUACCUACGGCCUCCAGGAGAGCCAGCAGCUCUCUGCCUGAGCUUUGUCCGAUGAUGCAGGACUUUGCUUGUUUACUUAGAGUCUAAAACCAAUCAGCUGAUGCUCUCAACCGAUAAGUUAGUCCUGUACUGCGGGACUUAGGAGAACAAAUAAACUCCUAGCAAAAGCUUCCUGGCUAUCCUUGACGCAUGGAUCGGAGGAGAAACAGAAGCCUUGUCUUAAACGUCACUACAGACACCCAGACCAUUUUGUCUUCGUGAAGUGGUCUGUGUCCAAUAUCCCUGUCUGUUGAAGCCUGCAAUAUUUACAUUGCAUAGUUUAAAUGCCUCCUUUAGCCGUCACACUGACAGCCAUUAGAGGUUCUUCUGUAUAAUUUGCAGAGGGAAACUUGGCGCAUAGAGAUCAUCUGAUUGGUGCAGUUUUUUGUCUCGCAUGCGCUUUAGCUUCCCAAUGCAUUUCUUAUGGGAAAACAUUUGAUUGGCUGGGCUCAUCAAUCAGGUGGCAGAACUCCUAAACUGCUACGGUAACAGGGCACGAAGGUGUUAGGAAUACACAUUAUUGCUAACGCUAUAUUGUUUCUUUAAUAUCUCCUUGUUUUCGUAUGAUUUCUCUAUGGCAGCUGUCCGUUGCAGAGGACAGAUAUUUAUAACCAUGACGGAAAGGGAACAAAGAUUAAGGUACCCAAUUGCAGAUUGAAAAUGCGUUCAUUUUUGCAUUCAAGUUUUGUUUCCACACCUUGAUAUAAGUGAUAUAAGGGAUUAGUAAACAUAAAAUAAAUGUGUGUGUGUGUAUGUAUGUGUAUAUAAUUUACUUUGUAGCAUGAACAUUUUAAUACUACCACCCAUUUACCCGUUAAGGACUUACUAUGACUUGCUAUGACUGUAUAAUAUUUCAUAUGUUGCUCAGCUAUGUCGUCUGAGUACAACAAUACCCCCGUAUGUUCCUUUGCCAAGUAUAUGUGGAUGUUGAAGGGGCACAUUUGAGACGCAGCCAUUCAAGUUUUAUGCUGUGUCCAUGUUUCAUUUUGGAGUGGUUUAGCUGGUUGGUUAUUGAAACUUCCCCACAAACACAUACUGUUUAUUUAAGAAUACACCCUGGGGUCAUUCAAAAGGCAUAUUUUUUACACUUAAAAUUUAUAAAAAAAUAAAAAAAAGUUACCGUUACCCCUAACUAGAGAGCAGUAAGCAGCACUAACAGUAAAUUCCCCAAUUUCCCAUAACUCCCACCCACCCCAGCUAGCAAAAUAUAUAAUUUUAAAAUAUUUAAAAUCAGAUCGCAGUAUCUCAGCUCCUGUCUCCGCUCUUUAAGACGGUGAUUUACGGCCAAAAGUUCCCAGCCGUAAAGGCUGCAACAUGUCGACCAUAAGCCCUGGGGGAUUGCAGACCUGCGGAAGGAGCCUCCUGGAAUGUCCACCCACCGGAGGCACAUUGUCCUCCGCCUCUAGGUUUGAUGGGGGGCCUGGAGAGAUUUGUCCCCAACGCAGUGGGCCAGACAGUGUGGAGCAGCGGUGUAUCGCUGACCGCGAGUGAAGCACCAAGCGUGUGGCCAUUGCUGGGAGAGACAUUUCAGGGGAUGACGCCUCACAGAGUUCCUGAAGGUGCAGGAGAUGGAUGGCCUGUGGACCCUGGGAGGGGGGGCCCUACGGACGGUUUCACUCUCCGAGUGCCCACUUCGCCACAGACUACUCUGCUGGAGGGUUGGAACUGAAGGGGGAUCUCAAAGGCCGGCCCUAAAACCUCUGGGAGCCAAAGCUACCAUAUUGCAGACAGCCUUGCUUACACCAGACUACUAUAACUGAAUGGAAUGGACAGGGGGAGGGAGAGAGCCUGUAUAUUAUCUGCAUCCCCUUUGGGAUCUUCUUAAUUUUAUUUAAAUUGUUUUUUAUUUUCCUUUAUUAUUUUAGUUUAGAGUGUCCUGUUAUUCCCGGCUGCGCGUGCAUGGCACAAGGCCCUUUGGAGCGCUAGGAUACACUCCCAAGCCCUUUUUCAUAUUCUAUGUCUCCCCUUCUUAAAAGGCUGGAGUAAAUUUGUUUAUAACCUGAUGUAAUUUAUACUACGCUUAGGUCAGCUCUGUGCCAUUACUGGUGAGCAGAAUAAGCUUCACUAUACAUUACACCAGUGUGCAGGCAGUGAUGCACCUAACUGUUUAACUAACACUGGAAACCUGUAUACGCUCCCAGAGGCUGACCUAUGCUAUAAUUUUUAUUUUACUUAUUUUCUAAUUUAUAUGCGUAAACAGGAUUUAAGUCAAUGCGCUUAACUAUGAAGUUUUAUCAACCUAUGCUACUACCUACCUACCAACUUAGCCUACCAAGGCAUUAACUUGUAACGUCAAAGUGUAAAGGAAUACAUAGUCUCACCAUUACUUUACUAGUUUGGGCACGUAUGGCUCUCACCACUUAUAUACAGCCUUAUGAUCAUCCUGACACUUAUAUAUAUUAGGCUAAGGCUAAGGAAGAUGGCUUAUGCCACCUUUCCUUUGUAUUAUAUGCAGAAACUGGAGAAAUGUUGUUGCGCUUACUUAAAUCGUUUUAUCACUGUAAUCAUCACUUUAGACACGUGUACACUCUUCUCCUGUGUGAAUACCAUGUAGAAUGUUAUGCAUUACGUUUAACCAGUUUUGACAUAACCAACUGUAAGCAACUAUUAUUGUCCAUUUCUUGUUGCCUAUGAGCAUGUAUUAAUAAACACCCAUCUUGAAUAAAAAAAAACAAAAAACAAAAUCAGAUCACAGAAAAAUGUAGUCCCUGCCAAUUGUUCACUGUAGUCAGUGAUCAAUUGCUAGGGAAGGGGUUAAUUUUAUUAAAGCAGUGGAAAGGGGGGGUUGGAUUUAACUUGAAUUAAUUUUUUUUACAGGGUGAAGAGGAUCUAAAGAGCGUGGAAGCGGAUCUGAAGUCCCUGCAACACGUGAUCGCUCUGACAGCCUGUCAGAUCGAUCACAGCUGCAGGGACAGCGUGAUCGGGUGCUCCCGGUCUGCCUCAAAUACCGAGGCACACCGGAGGAGCGUUAACCACACGAUCGUUAAGUGCUUCCCAAGCCCGUCAUGCGUCCUUAAGGGGUUAAAGGGUCCACGAUUUGAAAUCUUAUGCUUACUUAUCCUCCAUAUAUAACAAAUAUGUUUUUGUGAUCAAAAAAAUGAACUUGUCUACGGGGAUAGUCGUGUGUUUUAUAUUGCUAUCACAGAACUAUAAUAUAUAGAUGGCAUAUCUCCCACACAUGGUAUUACAUCAGCGUUAUUCACAUGUUCUCAAGCCUAUUUGUUCAUAGACCUAAAGAGAAACAAGACAUAGUAUGCACCUUUAAAAUACAAUUUCUCUUUAAUAAAUAUGUGCACUUACAAAAUGUAUGAAAACAAUGAAGCAUUAUACCAUUGCCAAUAAAUUCUUCUGUUCAUACAAAUCUCAGAAAUCCACAGGACUGGAUGGUGAAUGGAGAAAAAGAAAACAAAACAAGCCCUGUGGAUUUCAUCUGAAAUACUCUGACUUCCUUAGGAGACACCGCAUUAAAAAUAAAUAAAUUACUGCAACGAUAAACCAACAAAAUUUAACACCCAAGUCCUCUAAUACUCAUUUUCCCGCCCAUGUGAGGCAAUUAACCAAUCUCUUUUCAGUUCUCAGUUGUUCCUUCUUGUCUACUUCCACGUUCCAUGCCUCACUCUGUGUUUUGCAUUACACUUUAGCACACCAAGCCUCGGUUCAGUUGAUACCGGUCCGGACUAAAGGAAGCGGCUAAUACUCCUGUGUUCUACCUGUGUUUCCAUAAUGAAGAUAUGGUCCACUAUGUAAACAUGCAAUAAAAUGCAAUCUUGUUUGGCAUAAAAAAACAACCCACAUAAACAAUUUUGUAACCGUAUAUAUAUAUUCGUAUAUAUUUUUAGUAACAUAAACUGUACUAAAGUUGAACAUUUCAACAGCAUUACACUAUGCAUAUUUUCUCUUUAUUUCUGUAGUUAUUUUAGUUUUUUAGGUUUAUUUGAAGGUUUGGAGGAAACUUAUAAUCUCUACAGAUUUGGUUUCUUAAAAAGGGUAAUUGAUCCUUAUUAUAUUCCCACUGGUGGUUUGAAAAAAGUUUUUUUGGGGGGUUAUUUUACUUUUGCAUUGGUAUACAAUGUGCAUAUUUCUCCAGAUAUUUUAAGGGGACUCUGUAGUCACCAAAACGCAUUACAGCUCAAUGUAGUUGUUCUGGGGCAUAGAGCCUGUUCCUACAUAGUCAGCAGUGUAAACACAGUCUUUUCAGAGAAACGAGAGGCCUCAAAAACAAAGUAAUUGAAUUCCUAAACAUCAAUUCUGGCGACAUUGCAGGAGCAUUCUUUAUUAAACUAAAGUUGUUUUGGUGCUUAGUAUCCAUUUAAUGGUGUAUUUCUAGAAAUUUGUUAUUUUCCCUUUAACAUUAGGUGCAAUUUUGCUAUGGUAAUAUUCAGAGAUUGAAGUAAUUGUUUGUUUUUUUAGGUUGCAAGCAAUAUUUUCCAAGUUUGAUGAAGUAAGACAUUCUGGUAGCAUGAUUCUGAACUACAGCAAUGGUGAGUUACAAUUUUAAGGUAACUUAUGCAAAGCUAGGUGGUAGUUUUGUUUCAUGAUAUUACAGUUUUUGCUUUUUCUUGAGUAUUUUUUCAAAGCUAAAAACCUGAAAAUCAAACAAAAGUGUGUGGCAACUUUAAUAUUGAAAUAUGAUAAAUAACUUUUGCAGAAUUAUAUUUAGCCCUAACUCAGCUUGAACAUAUACAGAUACAUAUAAUAGGCUCAUGUAACACUCAAAAUGAGCAAAAGGAAAGAAAUUUUCUUUUUUUAAUUGUUAAUGAAAAAGUCAAGUGCACUAAAUAAUUUUCAAACGAGUCAAAUUCACCAGCACAUAAGAGUUCAGUUCUUGAAUAAAAUUGCUAUUCAAAAUAGUGUACAACAAAUAGACAUGACUUUUUUUUUUGUGCUUUGUGGUAUUCAAUAGGUUACUUUAACCAAAAAAUUUAGUUUAAAGCCUGUUCAGACUAAAUUUGCCUUUGUAGUGCCCUGUUGGACGUAUACAUCCCUGUAUGAAAAACAAAAAACUACAUAGAAUCCAGUUCCAGGUGUGGGUAUUCUACAUCCCGUCCAUUGGCCGCCUGCGUUACUAUAUUCCUCUCCCUGGUGCAAUCAAAGGCUUCUAUUUGAGAAGCAUUUGGUUGGACCAAUGUCACUGGCCCAGAGCGCAUGUGCACCCCUAAACCAGGUAGGGGAGGGAAUAUCUAAAAAAAAAAGGAAAAAACAAACAAAAACUAAUGCAUGAAGGCGGGAGGGAGCGCAGCUAAGAUGGGGAAUGUCAUGCCAAAGCAUGAGUUGGCAUUUGGUAUUGCAAUAGGAGAACUCUGAAGAAGCCAUGCACAGAGAGUCCGGAUGCAGGUCAGUUCAGGAAGCAAAGAUCUUUAUUUUCACCAAUCGGUUCUCAGCUGAACUCAUGUCCAAAAUGUCUGAGCCCUGAGCACAUGGGGUACAUGCAUUUUAUAGACUAUGUAUCCUCCAUCUGUACCCUUACACCAAUCAGCAAACCGGAUACACAUGAUUACCUUAUAGACAGGCAAUAUGGGACUUAGGAGAGAAUGGAAUGUGGUUUCAGUUCUUGCACAAGCUCAGUACAUUGAUGACAGUUUCCUGACUACUUGUAACUGAUACAUGUGCUUGUAUAUGUCAUGUGGAGAUUUUAGGCCUACUAAAUUUUGGGCCUAGCCGAGAUCCCCUCACAGUAUAUGUAAGGAGUUGUUUUUUUGUACAUGUUUGGAUAACCUUUAUUGUAGGCUUUGAUCUUACACCAGACAGGAGCCAUAAAACUACUAAGAUAACCAUCACCAGAGCUGAACAUAGGGCAUUGUAAAAGGUAUUGGUGCAUAUGCUCUGACUUUGGGUUCUUCAAAGGACAACAUAAUUUAAGAAAAUAUGGAGUGGGCAAUAAACUGCCAUGCCAAACCCCUCUGAUACACCCAUGGGUCUGCCCACUGAGAAACAACUAGUUUUAAGGUAUAUAUUGAGGAUGUUGGACUAUCCAGGGAGAGAUUUAUUUUUUCAAAACUACUAGGAGACCUGUAACAUCCGAAUCUCCCACAAGAAUUAUAUAUGUAAGGAAUUUCUUGUGUUUUCUCCUAUUUUAUUUCAUGGACUGUUUUGCAAUUUGUUAUCUGUAUUUCUGUAUUUUUGUACCCAGCACUGUGAAUCCUUUUUGUCAGAUUAAAUGUUUACUGAAUCAGCUUGUGUCAUUGUUCGCUAUGAGCUCACUCUCCUGAGGAAAGCUCAGGUUAACACGUCACAAAAGGGUGAUUUAUAUAUGUCUGAUCAGUAAAGUAAGGUCGUGAUCUUAUAAUUCUACUGUGUGGGGGGUAAUCCAAGACGCCCGGAUUUAAAGUCUUUGUGGUGGCAGUAGAGUGUGUACUAGGGUGUUGGUGUAGAAUGUAUUGCAGGGGUUAAUUUAGUGGUUGCUGGGACUAGCAACAGUUCACCAGGAGUCUGGUGUCAUUAACCCUUUCACUUCCACACGCUCCCCACUGUCUCGGCUGGGCCAAUAGCCCACGUUCGUGACUGGGAAAUCAAGGCAGGCACACUCCCAGAGAUGCCUGUAAGAGUAGAAGCAGGUAACAUUAGUCGCCCGGACUGCGGUCACCCAAUAUGCAAAUAACUAACAUUAGCAAGUCUAAAAGCUCUCCAUCUGGUCCAGCAAAUGAUACUGCCGGUGGUGGAGUUACACCAAUCGCAGCAAUGUGCUAGAUAUCUGCAAAUGCAGCAUUUCAUAUUCUUUAGUUGGUUUAUUCACAGCCUAAACUGAGGCAUUCAAAGUUUUGUACUAAGUGUAAAUCAGAAUCUUUAUCAGCUCUUCCAGGGCUGGCAUCAAAGUCUAUAGUCCAUUGGCGUUCCAGAGGUCAGCACAGGAUGUGUUCAUUCAGAGUUGAGAAACAAAAAGGACCUUUAAAAGUAAUAGGAUAGUAAGGAACAGGAACACACCAGGUGAUUGCACAGGAGUAAGUUAUGCACUUUAGCACUAGUCACCUUGAAUUUUACAGUUUCAUUUGAAAAAUCAUUCAUGUACAUUACUGUGCAAACAUUUUCACAAAUAGAAAUCUUAAUAGUAUAUUCAUGUUUUCAAUUAACAACUUGCAAUGUCAGUGAACAGAAGAAAAUCUAAAUCAAAUUACUAUUUAGUCCCACUCUUCGCCUUCAAUUCUUCUAGGUACACCUACAUGUAGUUUUGUAAGAAACAUGGCAGGUAGAUUGUUCCAAACAUCUUGAACUAUUCACAGUUCUAAUGUGGAUUUAGGCAGCCUCAGUUGUUUGUCUCUUUAUGUAAUCCCAGACAGACAUCAUGUUGAGGUCACCUGGUAUAAUUGUUUAAUCAUGCACCUGAUUAUAUGCUGACAAAAUCCCUGACAAUGGGCAAGUGUACCUAGAAGAAUUGAUGGUUUUGAAGGAAAAAAGUGGUCACCUCAAAUAUUAACCCCUUAAGGACCGCCGGUGUACUAUACCGUUCUUGUGGACCCGGUCUUAAACGCCGGCGAGCAGCAUAGUACGUCCAUGCCGUCUUGCCCACGUACCUGAUCGCCGCCUAUCCCCGGCCAGCAGUCGCGGUGGGGGUGGGGGGGAGUUGCAUGGUAUCCCAGGCAGUCCCCCUGUGGCUGAUCGACGCAUUGACGUCUUGAUCACAUGGACGGAAUAGCGGUCCAGAGCAGUAUCUGCACGGGGCCUGCCUGGAAUAACAGACAGUCCCCUUGAUGCCUGAAACGGUUUGUAAUUAAAUUAUAUAUACCUAGAUCAUAUAUAUAUGUAUUAUAUAUAUUAUCUGUAUGUAUAUGUAUGUACAUACAUAUACACAAUGUCUAAGUGUAUCUUAAUAUUAAGAUAUAUAAUUAUAUAUUGUAUAUAAAAUACACACACACAUGUAUAAUUAUGUAUAUAUAAAAAAAUAAGUAAAAUAAUAAAAAAUUAUAUAUACAUUUGGUUAACAAAGUCAAAACUCUUGCACUCCAACUUUUAAAGUAUGAUUCUCGGUGCCAGAUAACAUAAUAAUACAAAUUCAAAAAUAAUACCGGCAGUCCAAGGCUUUUAGUUCUUCUUUUUAUUCCAAAAUCGCAAUCAGUCAACGUUUCAGCUCAUAAGCUAAGCUUUUGUCCUGAUGAAAGCUCCACUUAGGAGCUAAAACGUUGACUGACUGGGAUUUUGGAAUAAAAAGAAGAACUAAAAGCCCUGGAGUGCUGUUAUUAUUUUUGAAUAUAUAUAUAUCUCUCCAAGAGGGCUGCACUAACCUGAACAUGCCUACAUUAUAGGGUGCUGCUGGGACCAAAAUAUACAACAUACAAAAUACACAAUCUUACAGAUUGUAAUAGUUUUAUUUAAAAACACCUCACCGAGGCAAAAAAUUAUGGGGGGUUUAGUUACAUUAUAUGAUCAUAUAUUACAUAAGCCUGCCACAACGUCAAUGUACCUCAUUCUUGGCAGGUCCUACCCUAGCAGCCUAAUGCUUGCUCUUAUGAGAUUAAUUCACUUGCUUGGGAAAUACUUCCUUAUUGGGACUCUCUGCAAGUCAAGGCUAAAUAAAUAGGGUUAUGGAAUGAGGCACCUGUGACAGGUAGGGGUGCAAAACCAAGGAGUUGGCCUGGACGCCCAAAUAUAUAAACACUAGAGUAGGACCUGCCUAGGUGAGGUGUUUUUGAAUAAAAAUAUUACAAUCUGUAAGAUUUAAAUAUCAAUGUUUAGUGAAUAAGUGAGAGCGCUGGAUUGUGUAUUUUGUAUGAUAUAUAGAAGGCGUAGCCUGUAAUUGUGGGAGGGGUUACCCAGCUAUAAAAACACAGGCCACACCUCUCACUGGGCCGUUAACGUCUGGUUCAGUAGGCACACCUGUGCACUCCCAAAUCACCGCUGAAACGCCAGGUCGCCUAGACUGCAGCUUCUCACCCAGCUGCUCCAACCACUACCCGCCUGCCUCAGCCAACUUCACGCUGCUGGCUCACUUCUACCGUGGGGUCCGAACCGAGGCCUUUUACCAGCAGCUUCCCAGCUGAAUGUUCAGCAGCCAGCUCACUUCAACCCGCUGGGGACCCCAACUGAUGCCUCCUGCCGCCAGCAACAUCCCGUAGCGGGCCCCCUUUGACCCUCGGGGCCUAACCUGAAGCCUUCUGCGGCCUGGUCCCCGGCACAUCCUCCGGCUGGCUCCCUUAGUCACAUGGGCAGGCUACUUCUGGGUUGGCAGUCAGUAGUUCCAAGGUCUCCCAUUUGGCCAUAAUCGGCCGCAGCAAACAGUGAGUUUAGGCCUUUGGGCCUCUGGCACAGAGCCAAAAUUCGGCUCAUAUUUAAAGUAAUUUGUUGGUAUACUAACCUCCUGCUUUUCUCCGUCCCAUGUGCCUUUAUCAGCCGACAUUUGGCUGCCAGAACACUCAAUACUCUCUCGCCAUUUUGGGCCAAUUUCAAAUGCACAUUUGGCCAUGACUUGCACACCUUAUGCUAGGCUGAUUGCCGUCAAGCCACGUUUAGCGACAUUUGGUUGCUCAGGCGUUAUAUGCUGGUUACAGAUAUAUUCGGCCAAAUUCACCACACGUUUAACUUAUUUCCUAUAACCAAGUUUUAACUUUAUUAAGCCUCAUGCGGCAGGAUUAGGAAUUGUAUUUGGUUUCACUGUUUUAUUUAUUGGUCAUACCUUUUUGGUUAAUUCCGUUGAAGCAGUGCGAAUUAUGUCGUUAUGCCUAACUUUUAAAUGGUUACUCUAGUAACUGCAAGUUACUUUCACACUAUGUUUAUCUGCCACUGUCAGCACAUGUUUUGUACCCUGUCUCCUCAGUGUAUGUCAUUAUUGCCUAUAGCAUGUUCAGGUCUAUGACUCUGUCUCAUUCAAGUGUUGAUGUCCAUUACGGUCUUAUGUCAGUAAUAUCAUUGUAGCACUCUGGAGGUCUCGGUCUAGAUUCCUGGCAUUAAGUUCUGUUUCGGUCAUCAGAUCAUUUGACUCGGCAGGUAGGUAAUUAUAUCAAGAUAACAUGUUUUCAAUCCCUGUAUGUUUACUAUGCCGACUUACAAUCAUCGUCCGUUACACCGCAGGGUAUGCUACUGUCUGAUAUCUAUCACACCUAUUUUAUUGCUUCUCCUUAACAAUCAGUAACCCCUCAACUGAUCUACGACUUACAAAUCGCCCCAGCCACCCCCCCUCCAUGUGUGUUUCUCAGGAUUUUCAUGUCCACCUUGUACCUCAGGACUCAGAUUGGGCCUUCUCUCUGCAUUAUAUGCAUAUUCCCUACGCAAAACCCUCACUAGGCAUUUGCAACCCGCUACAUACGUCCUCAGUGGGCUACCAUGUUCCCUUCCAACCCCUCGUCUUGGCAUUAAGUUAUAUACCAUCCAGGUACAAGCGUAGGCGUAUGUUCAGCUAUACCACAACUUACAACCUUCUAUCAACCAUGUCUUAUCAUUUUACACAUCUGAUAUUCCUUAUACUGCCCACAUAUGAGCACUCUGCUAAUCUACUCACAAUCCUUCCUUAGUGGCAUACACCUGGCCAUAUUCUCAGGAGGUUACAGUAUCCCUCAUUAUGUAUGUAAUCCUUACAUCUCUUAUUAGGCUAUUGCGGUUCAGCGUAAUUUCAAUAGUCCGGUCCCGCGAGGCCAACUCUUAUCCUCAAACAGAGGUAAUCACCCAUCAGCCCCACUCAUAGUUAGAGCCUCGCUUCAACCUCUAUAGGUUUUUAGACAGGGCCUCACCUGUCAUGGCCACUUGUAUUGAAGCUCUUAGUUGUCACGAGAGGCCAACAUUCCAACCACUCUGUUCGAGCUUCUCAAAGCCACUUGGAAAUUAGUAGCGCCUCACCUAUCCCUGGUUUAGCAAAUUUUUUCGCCAUUUGGCACUAAGCAAGACGCCAGUUGAUAUAGGGUUAAACUCUUAUAGCAUGGCUGUUAAAUUACAUGUUAUUUAUUACUUCAUACUACGUCUCAUAACUAGGUGCAAGCAGGAUUUUCACCUCUGAGUUCCCAGACAGAUCAUAAACUCAACCUAGAAAUAGGAUUCUGCCAGGCCAGUCCCUUGCGAUCCUGGACCAGUCCAAUUGCUGAUGUCCUGACAUAAGGUAUAUCAUUCCCUGUCACAACUCAGGAGCAGGAUUAAUGAUUACCAACCCUGAAAUUUGCAGACAGCAUAUCAGAUCGCAAACCGUGAAAUCUGACAUCUGUUCACCCCUUUAUACGAUUAGCGUUAAACUGAAGAAGUCAAAUCUCCCAGAGUCUAGCCAGUAGUUUGAACUAGGGGCCAUAGACCAUGCUUCUUUACAUGCCCAAAUUUGUUCUGAUCUUGGUCUAUAUAAAUACGCUAUCUCAUACGUUCUAAUGUCUUUAGGGACAAAUGGACCUCUGUUACAAGACCUUUAUGUUCCAGGGUUAGGCAUACAGCUCUCACAAUACAUGAUGGUAUUGCAGUAUUGCUUAUGGAUUAUGCCACGUCUGCUCCCUGUUUCUCUGCUACAUCAAACCAUGAGCUCUAUCCUCCUUUUUACAGACCAUGACUUUCAGAAGUUAACUUCAACAACUGGCCUUUACCUCUAUUACUCAGCCUCCCCUUCCACUAGUAAAGUUAUACUUUGUUUAAAAGGACCAUUUACUAUGCCCCAAAGCACACAAGUACACAUGGCCCUACUUUGUUCCCUGGGGGGGUUCUUUAUCCCAAGUUUUCCGUAGCCUCCUCCAGCAGUCUAAUUUGCGGUGUAUAUAACUGGAUUCAAUUGGACAAGUACUGCCUAACCGUAGGCAGAGUCCGAUGUACCAGGCAGCAUGAAGACCGUCUCUGGUGAAGGCCUGUUAUCAUAGGAAUCUUCAGUCUCCCUGGUUCUCUAAACCUUAUCAUGCACGCCAUACUGUGAGGUUGCAACUACAUUAUCGAACUACUCCGCCAAUUCCCUUGUCAUCUGCCACAUUAACCCUGCUAUGCUCGUCACGCCUGAUCUAACAGACCUGUCCCCUCGGUCAAUUUGUUUCUUCUUUCUUUCUUAUAGGAACAGGAUGCCAUGUCCAUUUCCCCACAGUGUUAAUUCCCCCUUUAUUAUUGCAGAUACAGCUGCAACACGGGAUCUACUGACAUUUUAG